CUUCCUGCACUGUGCUCCACGUGGGUUAGUGACAGUGUGGAUCCCCUGUAUACUGUACGCUGAACAAGCUCACAGUCACCAUGGGGAAGAAGAGACAGAAUUCAGCUCCUAUGGAGCAAUCACAAGAGGGAGCAGCCAAGAAACCCAAAGCCAUGGAAGUGGAGUUCACAGGGACUCACUUUAAAUCCAUGUUACAGGAUCCCCAGACUAUCCAGAAAGGUGAGACAGGGCACAGCAUUGGACUUCCUACCUGGAUAUCCACUGUUUAUUUUUAUUUUUAAUGUGAAAGGCUAACCCUUGGAUUACCUAUUUGCACAAAAAGUUCGUUUUAAAGUAUAUCUAAACAUUUUAAAGCACUUGUCCAAACUUUAAUCGCACAGAGUGUACUGUACAUGGGAAAUAAAUUGCUGUAGUGUAUUAUUUCUGCAGGGUGCUGUAUUUAGGAUUGUCAGAUCCACCAUAUGUUUCUGUACAUCCAUAAAUUCUUAAUGUUAGUGGAAAGAAGCACAUGAAAAGUGAUGUCCUGCAAGUCAUAGAAUAUAUAAACUGUAGUACUACCCAUUACUGAUUAGAUUUACUAUCUGUUAGCUCUGAACUCUACAUAGCAGCACGGUUUAUGUGUUGCCCUUCAAUAUGUAUAUGUGUGCAGGGUAGUAUGGAUCACCCAGUCGUAUAUAGCUGUGAUAUGUGAGGAGUAUAAUAAUCUGUGAAUAUUCUGCAGACAAGCUGUCAAUGCCUUGCUACACAGUAAUGACUGACCUAAUACAUGCUUUAACCCCUUAAGGACACAUGACAUGUGUGACAUGUCAUGAUUCCCUUUUAUUCCAGUUUGGUCCUUAAGGGGUUAAACGAGAACCAGCAGAGGAGUUACUUCUAGAAUUUCAAUGCUCCUUCCAUCUUCUGAAUAGUUUGUGACAGUAACUGUCUUGGAAUUAGGCUUUUGUGUAUCAGUUAUAGACAAUUUUAUAAUGAUAAACAGGUAACCAUAAAACACCACAGUGUCACACACGUGAUCGGUAUAGUUAUAUAGUGAAAAAUCCUUAAAAACAAAUGGAAAACCUAUGGACAAUACAAAUUCAGUAUGAUAAUAUAACUACUGGUGGGAUCAAUCUCACAUGAUGCAGAGCCGUAUCGGGCACUGUAUAUUAGGCCCAAGGGUGCCUAUACAGGCUCGACGAAAUUCCAAUAGCCGCACCACAACGAUCCAGUUAAAUAGAUGAUAUAUCACUUAUACAAUAUAUUUUAAAAAAGAACAAAUAAGGUAAUAUGCCCAAUUACGUAGUGCAAUAAUAAAAAAAUUUAAAAAAAUGUCAAAGGUAAAUCCAAAUUUCAUUAGAAGUUCACCGCUGGCACUAUCAAACCUUACAGAAAAGAUUAAGAAUGUGUACUGCACUUUAUUGGAGAAAGGAAACAAUUUGGAUAUUCUCAAUAAAAAUUUGUUGUUUUGUAUUUAAUCAUUAAAACAGCAAAAAAAUUAUUUUAUUUAUUUAUUUUUUACUACCCAAAAUUCAUAAAGACCCAGAGAAUCUCCCCAGUCGACCUAUAGUAUCGGUGGUAGGCUCUCUUCUAAGCCGCCUCUCUGAAUAUGUGGAUAGACAACUUCAACCAUUUGUCAUGCAAUAGCCAGCUUAUUUAAAGGAUUCCAUUUUGAGUGCUGGGGGAGAACUUUUUGCCUUAACACACACUAAAUACUUCCCUAGACCCUUUCUUUUGUGAUUAUAUUAACAAUUUUAUGCUUAGUGAUUUAUAUCCCACUACACAACAAGAGUUAAUUCAUAAACUGAAAUUGUGAAGAAUUGACUAGGAAAUUGCUAAUUGUAGCCAAACUGGAGAAACCCUAACACAGUCAAAAGAAAUCAUAAGGCAAUGCAGGGACUAAAAUUGGACAAAAGGCAGAACUUCCGCAAAUACAUUCGACAAACGAACUGCUCUGUGUUCUGUAUUUUCCCUCUGUUUGACAUAACGUGACAAACAGCUGGAGUUACAUCUGUCAAGUUUUCUCAAAUCCUCCAGACUAAUGAUGCCUGUGAGGAAAAAGGCUUUGUCUACAGAGGCUUCUGCGGCCUUCAUAGACAUCAGUGCUGUACUCUCAUGUAGGCGCGAGCAUACAGCACUAUGUCCUCCUGGCAGAUGAAACAUCAGAAGUUAUCCCAUGGAUAAAGAUGGCAGCAGCUUUAGCGAACAGCUUUAGGUAAGUAAGACCUACCUUCCCCGCAACCCCUGGUGACCACUCACAACCGUCGAUGUCACCAUCAGGGAUCUUUAUAAAAUAUGCUAAGACAUUAUCUGGAAAUCUAUUCAUAAACAGGGCUAUACAUAGGACACGAGGUCACACAUUUAGACCGGAAGAAAGGAGAUUUCAUCUAAGGUAAAGAAAAGGUUUUUUUUACAGUAAGAGCAAUAAGGAUAUGGAACUCUGCCUGAAGAGGUGGUCUUAUCAGAGUCCAUACAGAUGUUUAAACAGCAAUUGGAUAAAUACUUGCAAAAACAUAACAUACAGGGAUAUAAUUUCUAAUUAGUGGGGUAAUAGCUGGACAUCUGACUGCUAUUUUGGGGUCAAGAAGGAAUUUUUUCCUAGUUUGUUGCAAAAUUGGAAGCGCUACACACUAGAUUUUCUUUUGUCUUCUUUUGGAUCAACAGCAAAAACAUAUGUGAGGAAGGCUGAACUUGAUGGACGCAAGUCUCUUUUCAGCUAUGUAACUAUGAAACUCCAGAAAGUGAUCGAACUGUCUUAAUGAAAUGAUAUAUUUAGGAAAAACUGUUUAUAACAAUGAUUUGUUUUUUCUUUUUUAGGCUUGGAACAGUUUUUGAAUCUAUCUAGGGCGCUACCCUCUUCCGAUUUGUAUGAUGUAGUUGAGGGAUACAUCAAGAUUUCAGUGGAAUGCAUCGAAAUUCUGAAAUUAUUAGAAGGGGAAAAACGAAUUGAGAGUGAAGUAAGUUAAUGUUUUAUUUAUAAAUGUAUAAGAAAGGCUGAAGGAGGGGGUCAUUCAUAUUCCCUAGCAGUAUUUUAAUUUGGCCUGUCAACUCACUUGCCAACCCCUAUUCUUAUGCAUCUUACAAGUGUUCUACUAUUCCAUUACACUGCAUUUUUGCUUCUUUGUCAAAGGCCUAGAUAAGAGAACUUUAUAUGGGCAUUUAAAGGAGACACAGAAACAGCGAGGGAGAUUUAUCAAAAUGUUUUAUUUAAAGAAAUAAAAGUGUUGCAAAAAAAUGAAGAGGAGAAUGUUCCUACUGAUUUUAAUGGUGAUAGCCCCACUUUUAGUGUUCUCUAUCAUUUUUCGUUAGAAUACAACACCUUGAUAAAUCUCACCCAUUGUUUUUGUUUUCUCCUCCUUCAGUCCAUUGAGUGCCAUGCCAUGGCUGAACUGGAUUGGAAAGUCAGUGGCUAAAUCUCUAAUCAACAAUUAAAAUGAUGGAGUAAUACAUUGUUCCCUAACUAUAACUCUCGCUAUAGAUGAUUUAUUCAGUGGUAUACCAUACCAAUCUAAAUACACGUACAUAGAGAAAAGAGUAUAACCUGACGCCCAUGGCAAACUUUGCACAAAUUAAUAAGCCUUAAAGAAAAAGAUACCAGUCAGCAGAAGCAAACAUUGUAUGAUUUCCCCAUUUUGGUGUUUAACUAAAAAAAACACAACUGUUUUUAAUUAAAAAAAUAUAUGUUCCCAAUUUCAGCUCAUGUUAAUUUUUCAAGUUUUGGAGGCCAUUUUACUGAGGACAGCAAGUGACCUCUCACAUUUAAACGUAGCUGGCGUGAACAUAGUGAAGCAAAUGCUGAAUACACAUAUGAAAACGUUAUAUGCCUCUCUAUACUCUGUGACGUACAGGUAAAUUCCAUUCUGGGAGACACAUUUGCGAACUUAUAAUCCUCUAAAUGGGUAUAGUACGAUGUUCUUAGCGCUUCCUUCAAAGUGUCUGUCAAAACAGAAAAAACACUAUUGGUCAGUGUACUGAAUAUGGUGUAGUGUGGGCACAUCUUUGUUGUUGUUGUUUUAUUUUUUUUAAUCAAACAAUUUGAGAGCAGACUGAAAAAAUACUAAGACCAUACCCAGCACCCAGAGACUGUCCCAUUCUUCACUCAACUUGAUAAUAGGAAAUUUUACUUUUGCAUUAUUGGUAUCAAUUCCGAUCGUCUUGAACCGUAGGAGUAUGCUGAGACUACUGCUCUAAGCCAUCCCCAGCACUCUCAGCAAGCCAGGAUAGGUUUGAUACUGAUGAAGAUGAAUUGUAAACACAGCAUUUUUAAUUUGACUGAAGGGCAGUCUCACAGUGCUGGCAAGAGUUUUAUUUUUUUGUCUUCUUCUAAAAGGUUUGAUAAAACAUUGCGAACAGGAACCAUAUCAUGUUGGCAAUGUAACUACUAUAAAGAUGUUCUCUUUAAAGGGACACUAUAGUCACCAGAACAACUACAGUUUAUUGAAUUUGUUCUGGUAAGUAGAAUCAUUAGCUUCAGGCUUUUUGCUGUAAACACUGUCUUUUCAGAGAAAAUGCAGUGUUUACAUUACAGCCUAGGGAUAACUUCACUGGCCACUCCUUAGAUAUCUGUUAGAGAUCCUUAAUGGGUCAUGGCUGCUUAAAAUGCAUCCAAACAUUCAGUGUCUCCUCCCUCUGCAUGCAGACACUGAACUUUCCUCAUAGAGAUUAAUUGAUUCAAUUCAUCUCUAUGAGGAGAUGCUGAUUGGCCAGGGCUGUGUUUGAGUCAUGCUGGCUCUGCCCCUGAUCUGCCUCUUUGUCAGUCCUGAUCAGGCCACUACUUCUGCUGAUGUCCACAGGCUGCUUGUUUUUCCAAAUCUAACAGCAUGCAGAGUUACAGCUUCUGACUUGAAUACAGUAAGAUUUUGCUAUAUUUAUGGAGGCAUGUGGGGCCCAGGGGGGCUAUAUGGUGGUUUUAACACUAUAGGGUCAGGAAUACAUGUUUGUGUUCCUGACCCUAUAGUGAUCCUUAAAAGUACAGUUGUUCCUUUUUUUUGUAUAAUAUAUUUUUAAUUUCUCAUAUAGUGCUCUCAUCAAGGACCAACGGCUCUGUACAGAGAUGAACAAUUUCACUGCUAUUAAUAAAUGCUAUAAUACAGUGUAAAUUAAUCAUUGCAUCAGAGAGAAGCACAGAUUAAUGUCAGGAUGUAUGAACUGGGAAGAAUGCUUUAUAAUUUGUCGUAUCACAUGAUAGUAAAUACAGUCAAAUAUAUUUGUGGUUCUACACAAAUUGCUUUUAAAUGUAUAGAUUAGUGGGGAAAAUAACACUGUGCCGGCCACAACACUGGAUUUGUAUAUCCACAUGCUCCCACAUGUUGAGUGUGGUAUCCCAAAAUGCCUGCCGUGCAGCUGCACCCUUUUACAUCAGCAUUGUUUGACAAGUAACAGUGAUUUAAUACACUUAUUUAGUGUACUAAUUUAAGUAAAUUCAACAUUUUUUUUUUAUUUUAUUUUUUUUUGUUGUUCCUUGGAACUGCACAGAAUGUCUCGAAUUUGCCUUAAUUUAUUGUCGGCAAUGGUGACGCAAGGACCAGAGUGCGCCAGGGAUGUUUUUAGCCAUUUUGAUUUCCAUAACAAGUGCCUGCCCUCGUUACUGAAAAAGAGAGACAAACAGGUAAGUGACACUGAUGAAAAUAUUAUGCAAAUGCAUAAGUGUUUGCAUGUUUCUUGUCUUGCUUGUCUUUUUUUUUUUUUUUUUCAUUAAUGUUCUUGGUUUAAACUUAAAGUUUCAACAACAAAAAAAUUCUCGCUUUUUCAAAAAAUAUUUUAAUUUUUUUUCUUUUUUUUUGCGUUUUUGGAGAGCUGUCUUCUUUCAGCAAAUGAUGCCUUGCAAAAACAUGCCAUAGGGUAAUAAGAGAUUAAUAAGUGCUGUUCACUGUGUGUGUGGUUUUAAGUAAAUUUGUUGUACACAUAUAUAUUCAGUCGAUACAUUCAGUCCUCUUUCCAUAUGUUUGCCGUUUGUAACUGUCAGACUCUGAAACUCCAAAUUGUAGCAAAUGAAAAUCUGACUGUUGUUUACUAAACUAAGAGUUUAAAGUAAAUUAGAAGUAAUUUUCAAAUACUAGACCUAAAUAGUCAAACUGGAAGCAGAGCCGACUCUGAAAUCCAGUUUGAAUUCCUUACAAGUCUGACUUUAGUAAAUAACGUUGUCUGUCUAAAAAUAGCUGAACUGUAAUAAAUUAUCUGUCUCGUUUAUAGUCACAGUUUGGCUUCAAUGAUACCAUUUGGAUUCUAAUAUUCUACAGUUCAGCGUUUAUUGACUAGUCCUAUGUGAGUACAGUUUUUUUUUUUUCUCGGUCUGCCCAAGUAACUGUCUGUGUUCCAUUACAGGGGAGACCAGAUGUCCGAAUGGCGUACAUUCAGUUUGCACUGUCCUUCCUAAUUUCUGGAGACAACGCCACUAUUGUUCAAAUCAUAGAACUAAAAGGUAUGUAAAAUGUAAUGAGAAAAAAAACAUAAAUGAAGAACAUCUCUUAUAAUUCUAGCUGGUUUCUUGAUUAUUUGUAAAAUUGUGUCAUAAUUCUCCUUUUGGAAUAUCUGGAGCUCACCACAGGGGAUAUCUGACAGUAUGUAACUAUAUGAGAAAGUGUCCAUUUAUCAUUGAAAAGUUAAAAUUAAAAUGAGUAAUUUUACUUAAAGAAACCCUAUAGGGACAGGAACACAAACAUUCCUGGCAUUACAGUGUUAAAACCACCAUCUACCCCCCCGGACCCUCUUUGCCCCCCCUCCCCCCAAAUAAAGUAAAAUCUUACUUUUGUUCAAGUAUGCAGCUGCUGGCUCUGCCCCUGAUCUGCCUGCUUGGCUGGCAUCAUCAGGAGUGGUGAUCUGAGCCAAUCACAAUGCUUUCACAUAGGGUUGGCUGAGAGUGUCAAGGAGGCAGAUCAGGGGCAGAGCCAGCACAAGCCAAACACAACGGCCAAUCAGCAUCUCCUCAUAGAAAUGCAUUGAAUCAAUGCAUAUCUACGAGGAAAGUUCAGUGUCUCGAUGCAGAGGGUGAAGACUCUGAAUGGCAGUGCUGCACACUGUGCAGGACUGCCCCAGGAAGCACCUCUAGCAGCCAUAUGAGGAGUGGCCAGUGGAGGUAUCCCUGGACUAUAAUGUAAACACUGCAUUUUCUCGGAAAAGACUGAUUCUACUCACCAGAACAAAUAGAAUAAGCUGUAGUUGUUCUGGUGACUAUAGUGUCCCUUUAACGUGACUGGCUAGAUAAGUGAAUUAGAGGUGUAAAAUAAUUAAAAUAGCAUUUUCAAUAUAUAUCCUUCUAAGAAUAGCUGCACACAGUCUUCUUCAUUCAAUGUACUUUUUUCUCCAGAUUCAGUUUUUCAUGUUGUUUUUUUUUCUGCAUUAUAGAUUUUAUUGGAGAUAUUUUUUGUACCGGCAUAAGAGAAGACCGAAUUUCUUCUAUCAAUCUCCUGCUUUCCCUUCUUGAAACUAAAGUACUUAAGUAUUUCCAUUCCAUGCUCUCUUUAGCUACUCCCAUAAAUGUAUAUAGUUGUUAGAUAUCUAUUAUCUUAGAGGGGAGCUAUCACUUCUCUUGAAUUACACCUUUGAAUAUUGAAUAUAUAGUUAUAUUGAAGGGUUUUGCAAACCAAAAACCAAUGUUUUAAGAUAACACCGUUUUUGGGCAGAGUAAACCUUCCUAUCCUUGUCCACCCCAAAAACACAAACAGAAAAUGGCUUAAAACUCACCUAAGUUCCAGCACCAUGGACAAGGUCUUCAGCCAGAUCCUCCUCCACUACAUCACCCCCCCCUCGUUGGAAAGAGAUGGACGUAAGGGAGUGUGGGCGGGGGGAGGACAUGGAUGUGUGAACACUGUAAAUUUAGGUACUCUACUUUAAAUAAGGUAGAUGGAUUACCUAAGAAGAAAGUUUUUUUGACAUCUGAAAUCUGGACAUUUCCUGGCAAUUCUGCUAGUAUUAUAUAGAGAUGUCAUUUGAUUCUCUAUCAUUUGUCAUGACUGGUACUAUUUAAAUCAAAACCACGAUUCAUAUCCAAAGGUUCUAAAGUUCCAAGUUUUCAAACCCCUAACAUUUCACUUUCUUCUCAACACUUCUACACUAUCUAUUUACCUAGAGUCACCAACUUAUAGGCAACUUUCAUUGUUUUAUUUAAGAAUGUGAAUUCCGGAGACGUGGCAGUUCCCCAUUAAAUAUAGAGGAUACGUAAACAAGAUAUUGAAAAUACGGUGAAGGAACAGUUCCACUUUAAAGGGAUUUUUGUGUAAACCGAGAUCACUUAUAAUGCUAUUAAUGUGUUGCAAGAUUACAUGAGAUGUGACAUGUAUCAUGGCACUGUAUAUACAAUAUGGCACUAAAUCAUACAAUAUUUGUUGAGAUAUAUAUAUAUAUAUAUAUAUAUAUAUUUGUGCUCGGAAUUUAAUACGUAACGGAUAGUAUCUGAAAAGGAAAAGUUGGUUGUCGUGUGCCGAAACCAACGUACGAGUUUUAAGCUCUUAUGAAUAUUCUCUGCAUAUUUUGCAAUUUAUAUUCGCCAAUUAAACUAUGAAAAUAUUGUAGUAUUUUUGCAGUAGGCGCUCUUGUCUCCAGGGUAAAGCAGUUAAUUGCUCCUCUCUUCCUGCACUAUAGGUCAUUCACAAUAAAGUGAUUACAAAGACGCAUAAAAUGCGCUUUUUUACAUCGGCAAUUUUAAAGAACAUUGCCUCGCUGUAUCGCUGGAAUGGUAUCGUUGAUGUAAGCACAGAGGAUGUCAAGGUAGGUUCCCAUUCAGGAGCUGAUGUAGAAUUUUUGGUGUGUCGGUAAUUCCAGCUUUUAGAUGAAAGUGCACAUUAUAAAUAUGGGCAGUAAUUAGUAAUAGCGCUAAUUGGGGCAAGUGGCAAAAACAACUUGUAGCGGAUUCUGUACACUUGCACUUGUUUUUUUAACUUUCAUUUUUUUCCCUUUGCUGCUUAUAACUUUAUCUUUUACACAUGUUUAACUCUUUUUUUUUUGUCAAGUGUUUAUAAUUGAGCUAUAUCACCGAUUUCCUAGGUUGAAUUAUUUUUUGAAGUUGUGACUUGAAACCCAUGUGCACAUAAACACUUUUUUUAGCAAUUUUAUAUAUUUUUUUGUGCUGGUUUACUCUCUUUUUUUAAGGAUACCAAAGAUUCACAGGAAGCAGGCAAGAUCAUGGUGAGACAGUUGGUUCACAGUUUCCUUAUGGAGCUCUGCUGUUCUUUGAAACAAGGCAUCAAUUUCUACGAUCGAAGUCUCGGCACAGCUGGAGGGUAAAAUUUACUGCAAUAAGUUAUUUACCCUAAAAGUAUCGCUGGUUUCCAUUCACUGCAUUAUGGCUAUGUCUCACAGGUUUUUACAUGUGCGGGUAAUUCUAAAUUCUGAAAAAGCAAGAUUAAAAAAAUCUAUUUUUAGUUCCCCUAAUUUUUGUAACAGAAGUCUAGCUGCAAUGUUGGCAAUCUUGUACUGUAUUCUGGGAUAGAAAUGUGGUCUAUAUACAAUUUUGUUUUCUCUCUGUCUCUCUCUCAUCAUUUUGCAUGUAAAUGGACUCCUGCCCCAUCAAACAUUACAAAGUAACCUCUGUAUAAUGGAUAACAUAUAGGGCCUUAUAUCUCUGUGUGAAACAAUGUGUCAGGCUGUGUAAAAGGUGUAAUAUGAUAUUUUGUGACUUUGCAUAUCGUGAUGUAUUAGGAUUUUAGGAAGUCCUUUUUUUUUAAAUUAUUUUUGUUUUUUUUUAUUAUAUAAAUCUUAAUUUUUGGUGCAAUUUGAUAUGAAUGUUACACCAAUUCUGUCAAAGCAGUGUGAACAGUUCAAUACAAAGUUUAGCAUUAACGAUAUGGCAUGUUCAAAACUGGUAUUCAUGUACAUUGCACAUUUUUAUGUAGUGGGCUGUUCGGUUAUAAUGGUGUGGAUAUCGAAUGUGGUAUUGACUCUUCGCUGUGCUGGCAACUAUUAGGCCGUUUGUGUUAGGAAUACCUCGGUUCUGGUUCCCUAUAUUACGUGAGGGAUUGGCUAUGGCUGUCUCCUAGUGGUUAUCGGGUAUUCAGUGUUUGGGGUGUGUUAGCGGCCUUGGGUCAUUUCCUUGCGAGGAGUGGGUGCUCCUGUGUGUGUCUAGUAUAGAUGUUGUUGUAAGUGUGCGGGGAGGGAGACAUGGGUAUGUUGCGGUGUAGGUUGGGGGCCGAGGGGGGGGGGGGAUCAGUCCCUUUACUAUGUCUAGGUGUGCUUUUUCCCUGGCUGUGGGGCUUGGGUCCCUGUUACCCUGCAUGUCUUACCCCAUAACCCCGGGGUUAUAGAAGGGGGGGAAGUGGUUCUGGCGAUUCUUGUGGAGGGUGCCUUAUAUGAUGUUGGCAGGUGGUAAGUUGUUGCUUCCCUAUUUUCUCAUAUGGUGAAAAAAAUACCGGUAGGGUACAUUGGUGACAUCAUGGCUGACAAAACAUUUUUUACAAAAAUAAACACAUCAUCAUUAAUUAAUUUCAAUCUGGGUUGGCCUGGCACUGAGGUCCGUUAGGUCGUAGGCCUCUUGUCCCUCCUUAACUCAAGUGUGGGUUUGGCUUUGGCAGUUCGUGCGGGAGUAUGCGGUAGUCCUUGGUUAGUGGUGCUUUGCUGAGGGAUGUCCAAUGCCUUCAGCAGGGCCUGGAUUUCGUCUGGUUCUGUGGCCUUGUAUGAUUUUUCACCUUUAGUGACCCAAAUUGAUCUCGGUGUCGCCCAUCUGUAGGGUAUUCCUUCAUUUUGUAGGAUUUUCGUGAGGGGGUGCCUGGAUUUCCUCCAUAACAAGGUGGUUCUGCUGAGGUCUUGAAAGAAAGAGAGUUGGCACUGUUCAAAAUUGUAUGGUGACUGUCCCUUUAGUGCCUGUAAGAGUCCCAUCUUGUCCGAGAUCGAUUGGCAUCGCAGGAUAAUAUCUUGGGGUGCUGGGGCCUGAGGAGACUUGGCGAUCCUGUACGCCCCGUCGAAUGUAAAGUAUUUAGCUUGCUUUGCCGGCAGUAGGGAGGCGCCAGUCUCCAUAUAAAGUGUGGUAGCUCUAUUAGUGGGAUUGUUUCCAGGACUCCCCGUAUCUUGAUAUUCUUCCUUCGCCCUCUAUCAUCUAAGACAUUCACUUGCCUGCUUGUUUCUGCCUGUAGUUGCUGUACUUGUGCGCCCAGCACCGUCAGACCUUGUUUGAGGUCGAGCAUUUCCUCCUCUGUGGCUUGGGUGCCUGCAGCGAUGGCCUGUACCCCCGUGGUGAGCACCGCCAGGUCUGCUCCCACAUUCUUCGAAGGUUGUGCUGGAGGCCAGUAAGCAUGUCUUGUAUCUCCUGUUUGGUUGCAGGAGCUGUUGCUUCUUGUGUGUGCGAGGUGCUCUUGUAGGCUGAUGCUGGGUUCCGAGGGGAGGCCCUGCCGCCAUAGCCUGAGGGUGAUGCGUCACUCGAGUGUGAGGAUUCCCAUGAGGUUGAUGCUGACGUUUGAGGUUGUAGCAUUAAGCUGAUAUCACGCUGCUUUUGGGAUUUCCUCCCCCUGUCUCCCGCCUGUUGUAUGGUGGGUAGCAGUGCAGACAGGUCGAAAUCACUCCACGUCGGGUAGCCACCUCGGUACGCGAGGGCCAGGUCUCUCACGCGGUAGGCCUUUGGGCCGCGGGUUUUUCUUGCCCGGGGCGAGGAAAAAAGGCAUCGACUGCUGCAUUGUAGUGUUCUGCGAGCGGAUCUGCCCCGGAUGUCCGCUUUGGCGGUAUGUCGUCGUCGCUAUUCUCUAUUUAGAGAGGCAAGCCGCUGGAGCAAUGUGGAAGUGCGACUACUCCAUUGCGCUGCUAGCAUUUAUCGCCUUGUUUUUUUUUAAUGCACUUCUGUUUUUAAUACAUAUUUUUUUAUUUCCAUAUUCUUCAUAUUAUUAUUUAUUUUUUAAUUCCUGUAAUCAGACCGCAAAAUCGGGUGCUCUUGGGAUUCCUUGUUUCUCUAAAAACUGCACCAGAAGAUGACCUGAUUGCUGAGCUCGUGGUAAACAUACUUAAAGUGUGUCCUGACUUACUGAGCAGAUACUUUAAAGAAACCCAGCACUUAUACAUUCCUCGACUCAAAUCUGUUUGGCUGGACAAUAUUAAAUUACUUAAAAAGGUAAGGACCCAAGGAUGCCUUUAUGUACUUUACAUUUCUGUGUGUGAUUUACACCAGCCAGAAUAAUUGUGAGCUUUCUCCCUUUUCAUCAUAACAGAGUAUUUAUUUUAAUUUUAUUUUUUACUCAAAGAUUUAAAAAUCUCACUUUAUUCUUCUCAAUAAAGUAUUUUGAUAAUUAGAAAAAAGUACAUGCAGUUUACAUGUGAUUAUAGAGUAAAAGUCUCUGCUGUAUAUAAAACUAUUAUACUUAGUAAGUGUGUGCUUUGAUCGAAAUCACAUUCAUAUUUAUUGUGUUUUAAUCUUAGUCUUUAAUGAUGAUUUUAAAAAGUAACGGAAAUGCAGGCACUUAUUGGACUUGACCAUUGAUUUACCGAUGAUCAUUUUUGGAAGGUCUUCAUGUGUUUAUACAUUAUUGUAAUGCAUGUACUCUGUAUUUCCAGAUCUAUGAGGAGCUGCCAGCGAUCUCGGUUGCAUUCAGAACGGCAGAGUUUGUUCCCUUCCCUCGCCUCAUGAACAUGGUGAUGGUAACAACUAUGGCACCGGUCUGCAAUAAAGUGUUUUUCACUCAAGGCCUUAAUGUAAGUGAGAUCCAGCUACUUGUAUUUUCCUGAUAGGAACUUAAUGUUUACCUAUUUUGCUUUUUAAAAAAUAUUUAAAGCUUUAACAAAAAAAAAAAGGUGUUUAUUAUGUCCUUCAAUAUCAUUUCACAUAAUGUCAGGGUCCUUGACAACCCUGUUAAACAAAAUAUAUCUUUUGAAUCCUAUAACAGCAUGUGGGCAGGUUUGGUUAUUUUUAGAGGAAGCAUGAUUCCAACAUCCUUUUGCUCCAAAAUACUGGGCUAACGUUCCUGUGCAUAAUACGCUUAAUUUUGUUGUAGAAAAAGAAUUUGCUGAAAAGAAGGCAGGAGAUAUCUUUUGGCACGAGGUUUAGUCCACAGUCAUAAAAUGUUAUUUAAUGUAAAAAUGGAAAUGUGGGAGGUUGCCAACAACUACUGGGGAGGGGUAGAAUUAACAACAAUAUUGGAUGAAAGAUUGAAUUACACCCCAUCCAGUGCAACCAUACAUUGUCACCCUAAUACAGGGGUAGGCAACUUUCAGCACUCCAGAUGGGAUGGACUACAUUUCCCCUGCUGCUUUGCCAGGAUUGAUGACUUAUUUUAAUCUCAAUCUCAGACUUGUAUUUUGCAAUCUGCUAAACGCUAUCCCAUUACACGGUCAGAUCAUGCACCAAUUAAAAUGCUUCUAUCUUCCAUGUCUAAAUCUCCAUCUCCCCUAGGCUGGAGUCUCAAAGAAUUAUUUGCUGCUACACCAUGAGGAUGUUUCUUAAUGAGUUUAUUUCUUUAUAUUUGAUAACGUAUGUCUCUACUGAUGUGUUUUUUGUUUUUUUUUCUUCCGUCUGAUUGACUCAUAAGGCCAUUUGUAAAGGUUUUUUUUUUUUUUUUAUUAGUUUAUCGUUCUCUUUGGGGGAGCAGAAUCAGGAAUGUACAAAUUGAUCUUCACAAGUAGCAUCCGUGGCACACUUCCAUAAAGAAGUUAACGAUCCAAACUUAAGCAAAUAACUUCUCCAUUUAAACUAGUAAUUAAACUCAUUACUUGCAUCAGGAACACCAUCACCUUAGAGCAGGAAUCCCAAGUUCUCCAGUCUCCCCAGGAUGUUGGUGGCUAACAACUCUCAGAAUUCUUUGAAUGCAAUAGGUGGCCAAUGGAUAAACAAAAUAAUUUAACUCCUAAAUGGCAGAGUAUUGAGUAGUGAGACUGUGUGGACAUGAUCUAUACACCAAAACUGCUUCAUUAAGCUAAAGUUGUUUUGCUACCUAUAGUGUGCCUUUAAUUUUUCAGGAAAAUUUUAUAUGAACCACGUUCUACAAUCAUAUUUUAAAUCUCAUUAAACCAAGAGCUGUAUAAUGUAAAUAUUAAUUGCGUAUGCACAUGCCUCAUUUAAUGAGAGUAGAAGUCCUGUGGCUAUUCUCUGGUAAAUAAGUGAUGUCAGAAGUUACAUGUUGUCAGCUUGUGCGCCCUCUCACUGCAAUUGGAAGAUACAUAGCUGAUUGUCUCUUACAGAGAAGGUUACAAAUCUCCUUUGAUAGUGUAAAGAAUAAUGAAUGCAUAAUUUUUCCACUGUUGUAGCUGCCAAACAAAAUAGUGAGGUAUACCACGCUGUCCCUCUUGUGCUCCAUUAUGAAACGAGCCGAACAGAACAUUAAUCAUUGUUUAAGUGAAGAUGUCUGGCAAAAGUCUGAAAUCUACACGCCUGCUGCAAUGUCUGAAUUUGCCCAGAAAUACAGAGAGGCUCUCAGUAAGGUAAGGGCACAUAGCGCCAACAAGAGCUCACUGUAGUUGCACAGUCUCUUCGAAUUCUGUGUUUUAUGUAAAGAGUCCUUCUUAGGAGCAAUCCAUGGGACAAUCUCUGUGGUUACCAUGGAAAUUGCUUCCUUAAUAGGAUUAGUAGCCUAUUUUUGUAUAACUAUUAGUAUACCAAAAUCUCCAAAAAUCUAUUUCUGUGGAACUGAAUAUUAGUGAUGUUAGCUGAGCUCGAUGUUAUUUUUUUUUAAUUAUGAUUUAUUUUAUAGUAUAAUGUGCACAUGGAAGUCUUGGUAGGGAGUUGGUACAUUUCCUGGAUGAAGCCAAUUAGCACAAUUCGAUAGUUGUGAAAUCUGCACACAAAAAAAAAAUAAUCAGAUUUGUUCACUAAACUAGGAAUGACCAGGGAAUUGCACAUUCAAAUGAAAAAUAACAGAAUUGGAAUAAUUGUCCAUUUGAGCAGCUCAGUAACCUGUGGAUUAUAAUUUGCAUAUAUUUCGUUAAUAACGCCAUGUAUGCACUCUGAAACCAAUAUUUGGGUGCAAUUCACUGAUUUAUGUAACUGGAUUUGCUCACAGCUCUUACCAGACAUGAAUACCAUUGUGGCAACCUGGCAGUCACUAUUAAAGAUUGAUGGCACUGAAAUUGGUAACAAGAAGGAAACUGAUGUGCCCGCCAUUGGUGAAACAAACCUAACGUACCAAGACAUUUCAGGAGUUACAGGAGAACAAUACGGUGAGAAACGGAUACAUAUUGGGACAGUAAUAGUGUUGGUAAACUAGGCUGCCAUGUUUCAUUUGUUUCGAACAACAAGCUUUCAUCAGGACUCUUAAUUGUGAUGUUAAUAUCUUUAAGCCAUUUAGGUCUUACAGGGGAAUCAUUCAUUUCCAGUAUUUUUAUGAUUACGUUUACUUAUUCCCCAUAUUUGCACGAUCUGAAAAAUAAAAUGUGGGGUCCACGUUGUUGUAUCUUGCUCUAGCCUGGAACUGAGCGACACUAUCCCCGUCCGUCAUGGUUCUAAGCUCUGCCCAUUGCUCCUGUCAGGUGUAAUAAAGAGAGGAAGACAAACAGAACCAAUGUUUGUUUCUUCUGCUCCAAUGCAUAGUGUGCCGGGACCAAACUGAAAUGGGAUUUACAUCUUCAAAGGGGCACUCCAGGUUGAAAGCUACAUUUUUAAUAAACAUGAUGUGUUAUCAUAAAAAUGAGCAAUCAGUACUCUGUUGAAAUAGCUUAGAACAAAGUGACUAAUGAUUUUAUUGUUGCAAAAUCCAAGAGUCUCUACUCCUUUCCAAUUCCUCUAACCCUUUCCACUGGACGUGUGGAAGCACUGUUCACUAUCAUUAAUUUCCUAACUCAGCCUAUGUGAUCCUGUUUUUAUUUUUUUGUGGUUGUCCCCCUACCUCUCUUUGUGCUUCAUAUUCUGUUGGUUUUUUUUUUCCGCCCUUCGCAGCUGCUCUUUAUGGCUGUUCUCAAUCAUCACUGCCUCUCUUGUUAAACUAAUCAUUGCAUUUUGUUAGCAGUCCCUCCCUUUGCAUUGGUUAUGUUUUGUAAUGUGGGACAGUCUUAAUUCUCUUUUUUCGUUACAGGUUCUGAUGAUGCCCAGACCAUUCUGCUCAAAGCGACACUGCUGCAGGUCCUAUGUCUAUAUCAGAGAGUGGUCCCACACCUGGUGACACAGAGCAAUUUUGAUUUUGGCAAACUUCUUAAAGGUAUAGUAUUCGUGGUUAAUGGUUCUAUUUAAAUGUUCGUUAAUAUCUAGAACCUGUGGAGAAAAUACCAUUUCAACUUCCCCGGCAGCCAUUGUUUUCUUUUUAUAGUUGCUGGUUCUAUUUUUUUCCUUCUAGCCUUGACUUUUUGUCUUUGGAUACACCUUUCAUACCUCAACGCACCUAUUUCUUCCCUUACAAAACAUACUGAAUUCAUUUCUCUGUGUGUAUCACCUGCUCUCUGCUGCUCCACACUGUUUUGUUAAAUGGCACUGAUCUGAAAUUUUUUAUUUUAUUUUAAAGGAUCACUAUAGUGUCAGGAAAACAAAGCGGUUUUCCUGAUGCUAUAGUUCCCUGAGGGUGCCCCCACCCUCAGGGUCCCCCUCCCGUGGUGCUGAAGGGGUUAAAACCCUUCAGCAGCUUACCUUAAUCCAGCGCUUGGCUCCCUCGGCGCUGGUGACCUCUCCUCCCCGUCCGACGUCAGCUCCCGGACGUUCUGCACGUUGGAUGCGAAAUUCGCUUUCAGCGUCGCAGAUGCGCCUCUAGUGGCUGGAUUAACCACUAAUGUAAACAUAGCAGUUUCUCUGAAACGGUUAUGUUUACAUCUGAAGGGUUAAAACCUUAGGGACCUGGCACCCAGACCACUUCAUUGAGCUGAAGUGGUCUGGGUGACUAUAGUGUCCCUUUAAGUCGAUGCUGUCUUGUUUGAAUGAUGCCCCCACAAUUCUUAAUUUAAAAUUAUUCAAUUGCAAAAAUCAAAUCACUAUUAUUUGCAUUAUGCAUAUAGUGUCUUAAAGGUUUAUAUUUUAACUCUACAACGAUGACAAUCUAUGCCAUUUUGGCAGGCAGCUUUUUGGAAUCCCUAAAGAUAAACCAUAGUCCGCACAAACAUGGGUAAUCCUCAAAUAAGUCACAGAUAAAAAUGGAAAUAUGAAAAAAAAGAAGUGCACUUUUAUUAGUAAAAAAUAUAUAUGUAGACUAUAAGAACAUGGCAUCAAGCUGUCAUGGCAGCCCACAUAAUUACCUGCCGUAAUGAGGGCUGACAUGGCAGUUUGAGGCCAUAGUCUACAUAUAUAUAUUUUUACUUAUAAAAGUGCACUUUUCUCAUAUUUCUGUUUUUCUCUGUGGCUUAUUUGAGGUUAACCAUGUUUGUGCAGACUAUUGUUUAUCUUUUGGGACUUAUCGUUUAACAUUGCAUGAUUUUAAAAAUCUGAAUCACGACUGGAACAUAUCCUCCCCCAACUCCCCCCCCCCUUUUUUUGUUGUUGCAUUUUUACAUUUUUUUAUUAAUAUUAUUUUACUCAGAGAUGCGGCAACCCUUGUGAAAGGGAUGACGUAUCCAUUCACUACAAUUUGCUGUGUAUAAACCCAAUGGCCGGUCUCGUCCGUUUAUUAAAGAGACACUAUAGGUAUCAAAAUAACUUUAGCUUGAUGAAGCAGUUUCAGCUAUAUUAAUCAGCUGAAUUAAUUUGUUGUGAUGUCACGGGCUAUGAAAGAUGCAUACUUGUGGGUAGUGGGGAACGCCACGUUUGAGUUGUUUUCAUUCUUGUGUGUGUAUAUUGUGACUAGUUGUAGUCUAUACCUGACAUUAGAAGUAGGUAUACAAUAUCUCACAAAUUUAUUUGUGCCCUUUUAUGUUCUUUUUUUUAAUUUUAUUUUUUUAUAUAUAUAUGUAUUUUGUUCAAUACUUUCCAGGUAUUGUAAAUGAGAGCGGUAUUAGGGAAGAGGUGCCUCCAGUCCUCCAACAACAUAUUCUCCAAGUGGCUCUUGAACUUCCAGCUAACAAGUUUUCUUGGUUCAAAUUUCAGGUUUGUUAAUGUCUGUUGUUUUCCUUCUUUAAAUGUCCGCUUAUAGGUCACUCAUCCUCAGAUAGGCGUUCCUUGAUAUUAUUGAUAAUUAUAAUAUUUAAAUAAAAUCGCUAACAUUCCCUGCUUCCGUUUUACUUUUUACAUGGAAUUCAUUUUUUUUUUUCAGAAUGUGCCGGACAUUUCUGGGGAGAAGUCUGUGUUCUAUCUGCUUCUGAAAAUGUUUGUAGCGUGUAACAAACCACAGCUUAAAAAUUGUACGAGACUACUGAUCAUAAAGGUGAAUGUUUGCUUGUGUUUGUGGUAUUAAUCACAUAUGUGUUUCUAUUUAGACAACAUCAAGACAGUGAUAGUUCAACAUACAAGCAUUUUUCAGCUGACAUACUCCUGUUUGUGUAUUGUAUUCACAGUCACAGACCCAAAGCUGUAUGUAUGCAGAUAUUGAUAUUAAAAGGACACUAUAGGUACCCAGACAACUUUCAUCUCCUUGAAGUGGUCUGGGUGCAGUGUCCCUGUUCCCUUAACCCUGCAAUGUUUACUUAGUAGUGUUAAGUCUGCCUCUUGUGGCUGUCUACCAGAGGUGCUUACUGUAGUUUCACAAAGUUUGAUCCUGAAACAAUGCUUGACGUCCUCAAUCUAUUCAUGAGGACAUCCGGCAUGUUGAAAAAAAGCAUUAAUGCUUUCCUAUGGGGAAAGUCUAAUGCCCACAUGGUGCUCACCCUCCAUCGGUUGAUGGAGGAGGAGCCUGACUAAGUACUGUGGUACAUAGGCACUUGAAUCUGUUAAGGUUUUUUUUAACCCAUUACAUUGUGUGGGGUGGGGGGAGCAGAGGGUUUCUAUAGUAUUAGGAAUACUACUUUGUAUUCCUAACACUUUAGUGUUCCUUUAAUUUGAAUAGUGUUGGUGACUAUAAAUGUAAUACUUGAAACAUUUACUAAACUGUGUAAGACUGGAGAGAGAUCACUCUCAUAAUACAUCCUAUAGCAUUCUGUGCAGCCUCAUUUCAAAGCUCGUGAGUCAGGGUUAUCAGUGAAUUUGCAUUUCUCCAAAGUUUUGUCUGCUUUAUUAAUAUACCCCUCCUCCUCCCCAAACAUUCUGCUUUAAGAGUCAGUCCGUAUGCGGAUCGAUCAAUCCGAAUUCCAUUUGGAGCUGUUUUGACCUGUCCUCCGUGUUCAUGUGAAUGAAGCGUAUUGGUCAUCAUUGUAUUCAUUAAACCUUUCUAGAUACUCCGUGACAGUGGAGUGUUUGAUUAUACCUGGAAAGAGCUGGAUCUUUGGCUGGUGCAUCUCGAUAAAGUAGAAGAAGACUCCAAGGAAACUGUGAUCCAGUUUUUAGAACAGGUAUCGUGUGCUCGUUUACUUGCAUGUUUUAUAAGUAAUUUGCAGCUUUUUUUAGAGCUUGUGAAAGAAAUAUUGCAAGGAUUGAAUUAUGGUUUUAAAACAAAAAAAAUUGGCAUGAUGAGAUUUUCACUUCUACCGCUUACAAACAUAUACAUUUUGUAAUAAAGUGCAUUCCCUAUACUUUUUAACUAAGAGCAUGUUGACUUUUUUCAUCAAACCGUUUUAUCAUGAACCUUGGUUAAAAUAGUGAAUAUUUCGUCGUCUUUCACAUGUUUUGUUUUAAAGUCAUGUUUAGCAUACACCAUCAUGUUUUAGUUAAGGGGUUAAAUCACUAAGAAAAAUGAUUUGGGGGUCCUGAUGAACUUACAUGUCGAAAUGGAAUCCCGUUGGACACAUCACAGGUAGUCAAAGUGGCAGUCUAAGCACCAAAACCACUACUGCCUAUUGUAUUGGUUAUAGCACUAGCAGUCUACUGGCACAUCCGUGUCAAAUCGUUUGAGAGGUUUGACACAAAUCAUGCCAUGGACACCUGUCCAAUGUAUUGCUAAUAUAGAAUUUACACGUCCACAUUAGCAUCAUCGAUUUAUUUUUAUUUCCCUUUUCCAUAUAUGCAUCAUCUCAUUAUUCACAGUAUAAUAACUACAGCAGACUUUAGUAGUUAUGGUGCUUAGACUGCCCUGACUGCCCUAGGGAAUAUUACAGACUUAUAUAAAAUCUCUCUCCAUAGUGGCACAGAUAUGUAUACUUGAUAUUCCAGAGUGGGUACCCAUGGUAAACUAGUAAGGCCUGUCUGUUCAUCACUGUGUGUAUCUUACAUACUUUUAUGUAUCAAGAGUUGUGUGUGCAUAUUAUGUGCACGAUAUCUCUGUGUCCUUGUGAGUGUUCUGUCAUAAAUUCCAUCCCAUUUGCUCCAGCAAAUAGCUUUAUUUAUUCCUUGUAUUUAAUCUGAUUGCUUCAUUCUGUUUUUAGAUUUUAAGUAAACUGGUGAUCAAGCCUUACCAGUAUGCUGACAAAGUGUCUGAUCACGUCCAAGAGGCCAGCAUACUGCAGAGCAGCAUCAACAAACAGGAUUCAGAAACUGCCAGUAUACCCAUCUCACACAUUGACGGUGGGUCCCUGAUAAUUGAAAAGCACAAAUCGGACACUGUGUAACCAAAAUGCAGUCAGUCCCUAAUACUCCUCCUGCAGGGAUCAUACACUACAUAGCCCUCUCUGUCAGCAUUCUGUCAGUCCGUAAUACUCCUUCUGCAGGGAUCAUACACUACAUAACCCUCUCUGUCAGCAUUCUGUCAGUCUGUAAUACUCAUUCUGCAGGGAUCAUACACUACAUAACCCUCUCUGUCAGCAUUCUGUCAGUCUGUAAUACUCAUUCUGCAGGGAUCAUACACUACAUAACCCUCUCUGUCAGCAUUCUGUCAGUCUGUAAUACUCAUUCUGCAGGGAUCAUACACUACAUAACCCUCUCUGUCAGCAUUCUGUCAGUCCGUAAUACUCCUUCUGCAGGGAUCAUACACUACGUAACUUUCUCUGUCAGCAUUCUGUCAGUCCGUAAUACUCCUUCUGCAGGGAUCAUACACUACGUAACUUUCUCUGUCAGCAUUCUGUCAGUCCGUAAUACUCAUUCUGCAGGGAUCAUACACUACAUAACCCUCUCUGUCAGCAUUCUGUCAGUCUGUAAUACUCAUUCUGCAGGGAUCAUACACUACAUAACCCUCUCUGUCAGCAUUCUGUCAGUCCGUAAUACUCAUUCUGCAGGGAUCAUACACUACAUAACCCUCUCUGUCAGCAUUCUGUCAGUCUGUAAUACUCAUUCUGCAGGGAUCAUACACUACAUAACCCUCUCUGUCAGCAUUCUGUCAGUCCGUAAUACUCAUUCUGCAGGGAUCAUACACUACAUAGCCCUCUCUGUCAGCAUUCUGUCAGUCCGUAAUACUCCUUCUGCAGGGAUCAUACACUACAUAACCCUCUCUGUCAGCAUUCUGUCAGUCCGUAAUACUCAUUCUGCAGGGAUCAUACACUACAUAACCCUCUCUGUCAGCAUUCUGUCAGUCCGUAAUACUCAUUCUGCAGGGAUCAUACACUACAUAAGCCUCUCUGUCAGCAUUCUGUCAGUCUGUAAUACUCAUACUGCAGGGAUCAUACAUUACAUAACCCUCUCUGUCAGCAUUCUGUCAGUCUGUAAUACUCAUUCUGCAGGGAUCAUACACUACAUAACCCUCUCUGUCAGCAUUCUGUCAGUCUGUAAUACUCAUUCUGCAGGGAUCAUACACUACAUAACCCUCUCUGUCAGCAUUCUGUCAGUCCGUAAUACUCAUUCUGCAGGGAUCAUACACUACAUAGCCCUCUCUGUCAGCAUUCUGUCAGUCCGUAAUACUCAUUCUGCAGGGAUCAUACACUACAUAACCCUCUCUGUCAGCAUUCUGUCAGUCCGUAAUACUCAUUCUGCAGGGAUCAUACACUACAUAACCCUCUCUGUCAGCAUUCUGUCAGUCCGUAAUACUCAUUCUGCAGGGAUCAUACACUACAUAACCCUCUCUGUCAGCAUUCUGUCAGUCCGUAAUACUCAUUCUGCAGGGAUCAUACACUACAUAGCCCUCUCUGUCAGCAUUCUGUCAGUCCGUAAUACUCAUUCUGCAGGGAUCAUACACUACAUAGCCCUCUCUGUCAGCAUUCUGUCAGUCCGUAAUACUCCUUCUGCAGGGAUCAUACACUACAUAACCCUCUCUGUCAGCAUUCUGUCAGUCCGUAAUACUCAUUCUGCAGGGAUCAUACACUACAUAACCCUCUCUGUCAGCAUUCUGUCAGUCCGUAAUACUCAUUCUGCAGGGAUCAUACACUACAUAAGCCUCUCUGUCAGCAUUCUGUCAGUCUGUAAUACUCAUACUGCAGGGAUCAUACAUUACAUAACCCUCUCUGUCAGCAUUCUGUCAGUCUGUACUCAUUCUGCAGGGAUCAUACACUACAUAACCCUCUCUGUCAGCAUUCUGUCAGUCUGUAAUACUCAUUCUGCAGGGAUCAUACACUACAUAACCCUCUCUGUCAGCAUUCUGUCAGUCCGUAAUACUCAUUCUGCAGGGAUCAUACACUACAUAACCUCUCUGUCAGCAUUCUGUCAGUCCGUAAUACUCAUUCUGCAGGGAUCAUACACUACAUAACCCUCUCUGUCAGCAUUCUGUCAGUCCGUAAUACUCAUUCUGCAGGGAUCAUACACUACAUAGCCCUCUCUGUCAGCAUUCUGUCAGUCCGUAAUACUCAUUCUGCAGGGAUCAUACACUACAUAACCCUCUCUGUCAGCAUUCUGUCAGUCCGUAAUACUCAUUCUGCAGGGAUCAUACACUACAUAAGCCUCUCUGUCAGCAUUCUGUCAGUCUGUAAUACUCAUACUGCAGGGAUCAUACAUUACAUAACCCUCUCUGUCAGCAUUCUGUCAGUCUGUAAUACUCAUUCUGCAGGGAUCAUACACUACAUAACCCUCUCUGUCAGCAUUCUGUCAGUCCGUAAUACUCAUUCUGCAGGGAUCAUACACUACAUAACCCUCUCUGUCAGUCCGUAGUACUCAUUCUGCAGUUAUAGGGACACAGUCAGCAUACCUAUCACAAACUGGAACAGGGUUAUCUGAUAAUGUGAGAAUUCAAGGUUAUUUCAAAGUAAAUUUCAAAUUUCAGGCCAAGAUAGCCGAACCGGCAAAAUUCAGUCAGCUAUGCUGCAGCUCAGAUAUUUUGGCCUUAAAUGUAACAUUCACUUUCAAUUCACAUUGUCAUGAAAUACCUUUUGUAAUUUUUGCAGGAUUUAGUGUUUCAUAUUUUAAAAAUCAAAAUUGCGGAUCACCUGUCACUUCGAAUAGGUAGUUUUAAUGAUUAUUCUAUGUGCAAAAAAAGUUUAGUAUUUUAAUCACCAUGCACCUUUCUCCCUGUCUCAGAUGUUCUGGACAUGGUGGACGUCCUAGUCGAGACGAGUGAAGGACUAGAUGAACAGAUUGGGGUGCCUCUGGAUGAAGACCUGAUUCUUCUGACGUUUCCGUUUAGUGCUGUUGUCCCAGUGGCUUUGGAAGCUCGCAAUAGACUGCUUGGCAAUGAGGAGGACGGGAAUGGUAUGUCUUGUGACAGUUCGUGUAUAUUUUUUGUGUUUUUUUUUUAUUUUAUUUUUUUAUAUACACCUCAUUAGCCUUCUCCAUGGUUUCCUUUAAAGUUCUCCUUGACUUCAAGCUAUUUAGAGUUAAUUAUUUGUGUGUACUCCACUGAUUUAUUCAACAUUCUGCACCAAUAUUCUGUCCACCAUAUGUGUUUAUCCCACUCAGAAACGUUUCCCUGUGAAACAGAUAUUUUGUAACUAGCUUUGCUAGACACAUGGUCGUGGCAGAAGACAUAUUGCAACGCAAUCCCAAUUAGGAAACUGUUUGGCAUUUAUGAAAGCUCUAUAUAGUUUAAAAAAGUAGGACUGUCCGUUUUCUGAAAGUGACACUUCCUUGUUGUCUCGCUCCCUGUAAAUGCUGUUGAAUUUGUUUACCGGGAUAAAUAGUGCUGUGGAGGUAAGUUAAAAACAUACUUGCUUCCUUUUAUAUUUCUGUAUGGAUGUAGAAUUCAUGCCGACUUUGACUGUGCAUACGCGAGUAUCCUUCAGUAGUGCCAUAUGUGCGCAUUGUUUGGGAUAAUUAUUAGGGUUUAAUAGAAUUCACAUCCAACGUCUGGCAUGAAAAAAAAAAUAAGUAUAACUUUUGAGAAUUUUGAAGAAGAAAAAAAAAAGCACUGUAGUAUUGACCAUUUUACACUGUGUAUAUUGAUACGAUUGUUUUACUUGUACAAUAUUUUCUUCUUAAAGUGGAAGAGAUUUGGCUGCUGUUCAUUUACAGCCCAGGCGCAGCCAUUUCCAGUCUAAUCUUGCGAUGAUCACAUUCAUGUGAAAUAUCUAGGACCCAUUUAGCUCCAUGUGUUUUCAAUUUGGUUUAUAUUAAUGUACACCUCAUAAGAUUUUUAUGGGUUGAAUAAAAAAAAAAAAAAAAUGAGCUGCAUGAAGGUGAAAAGACGCCUUCAUAUUAUAAUUAUUUUUUUAUAUUUAUUUUUUUUAUUUUUAUUUUUUACAUGUACAUAUUUGAUAAUUUAAUCUCCCAUGAUGCCCAAUGGGAAUCUCCCUCUGGUUUAUCCCUCGUGUUUCUGCUUGUGUUUUGUUCCCCAGAUUGGGCUCUUCGGUACCUCGUAUCCGUUCUGACUGAUAUACUUCACAGCCAGAGAGACCCUCUCGCCCUCUGCCUACUGAUCCAGUCUUAUGAUAAAGAAUUACAGAUCCUGGGUACAAUCGCCUCAAAGUGUAUUUUGCUUGGGCAGUUUUAUGAAUAUUACGCGCUCUGGAUACCUACAACAAACAAAGAAGCUCUGGUAUGUGAGGUGUAUAUAUUAGUGUGUAGUGCUAGAAUAGUUUCCAAGUUGCUUUGUCACUUUAAACGGUCCAGAAUCUGCUGAUGUUCUUUAUAUGGGCCUGAUAUGCAGUGACCCAUCCAUAGCUUUCAGAAUUGAUUAUAGUGUAGCCUUGCAGUGUUUUGAGUUUUUGUUUUUUUCUGGAGGAGGCCUUUUUGCGUUGGAUGUUUUUUUGACCUUAUUACUAAUCUAAAUUACAUUGUCAUUCUUUUCACCAGAUUGUUGAGAUCCCCGACAUUCCAGCAUUGACAGUUAAGAUGGUGUGGGAUAAAAUGGGUUCUUGGGUCAUCAUUAGUAUUUGAGUUACUAUCAAUACAAAGAAUAGAAGGAGCAAAUUAGACCCUGGGCAAAGUUGAGAAGUGUUUUUACUGGCCUGGAUUUUGAGGAGGCAAGGUAGGGGGUGGGGCAGUCUAUGGGCUCCUUUAAUGUGGAGUUUUGUCACAAUCAUAUGACAAAUGAUCCGUUGGCAGCCUUUCUUGUAGCACUUUGUUUCACUGUUUCAGAGAUAUCUAUUAAGUCCCUUUUCCAAGUUGUCAAACUUAGAUGACAGCUUCUCUCUGUACAUCCUGUCAAAAUAUUAUUUAAAAAGUACUGGUAAUUUACAUUCUAAAAUCUUAAUGUUUUCAACACUAUUGCAGUUUGAUGGGCUUGAUGACUCUGCAAAGGAGAUCCAUCUGUUUGAUGAGGCUUCUUAUUCCUCGCUGCUGAAGAAGACGUUUGUAGCGAGUGGCCCUUCGGAGGGUCACACAGAGGAGAUGUUAAAAGAAGCGGCCUCGCGAGUUACCCUGGAGGAGCUGCCACUAGCUGUGAAGCAUACUUUGCUUUGCUUAAAAUCUACUGUGGACGACUUUAGCAAGGUUCCUUUCUCCUUGUUAUAUAAGGACACUUUAUUUCUUUUUGCGUGGAAUAAUUAAUGUCACACAUUGCUGUCCACUUAUCUGCUGUGUGUUUAGGGCAGACAUGUUGGAUUCCUAUCUGCAUAGUAAAGACAAAAAGGAAUUGGGGGCACACCCAAAACAUAAAUUUUGCAGAAAUUGUACCAUAGUGCUAAAUGAGCAAAAGGUUUAGAGACCCCUUUGUGUGAAUCAGAUCUUUGAUACAGCAAGUAUGUAAAAGACCGAUUUUCUUACGCAGAGGAAAAGUAACUAUUAAAUCAGAGUAAUCCAGUAAUAAUAGACAGUGAUAACAUAUUAGACAAUGUACUUUGCAUGUACGUAACUGAUUUAGAGACCCCUUUGGAUGUAACCAUAGGUAUAUAUUUGGGGAGGUUUUGGAUAGUGAUGUCACUUUAAUUAUAGUUUUCAUAGAGCCGAUAUAUAAUAUAAGCAUUGUAAGUAUAUACAUUAAAGCACUAUCACUUCAAUUGUUUAGUUUUGACACUGUAUUUUAUUACUACAUUUAUCACAUCUAUUUUGCAUUCUAUAUAUUCACAAUGUUCUUACAACAGAUUAUUAUAAAACACUUAUAGGCUUAUUUAGCACUAGCUUGUUUAGGUGCUGUGAAGUAGUGGUGGGGUUAACACAAUAUGGUCGUACGGUGGAACAGAAUCCCUAUAUUUGUUUGCCGAUGUGAUUUUAGGUAGCCUUGUAGAAUUUAAAAAUAUAUUUGUAUAUGUGCGCUGUUUCUGAAUUUCUAUUUCCAGACACAGGUGAUUAGAGAGUCCCACUGCAAUUUGUUGUAUUCAUUUCUUUGACUCUUAGAAUGCAGGAGUUAGGCAUUCUCCUGGAUCAAUGAUCUGUUAUGGGACUGGUUCCAAAGGUUCUAAACGCAUGCCUGAUCGUGUUCUUGUUUUCCAGUUUAGGAAAUCUUCUGGAGCCAAUCUGGUCAGAAUCUUCUUUGACCUUAUACUUGAUCUUUUGCGUAGCUAUGAGUUCACAAAAUCCAGCCAAUCGCAAACAGAGGAAGAGUUGAAAACUGAAUCUGAGCUCUUUGUGGAUAGUUUUGCAAUAAGUGAGCUGGCAUCUCAGGAUAAUACGGUAAUAUGGCUUUGUAUAUUAGAUUUAAAAAAUAAAAAUGUUUUCUUAAUACAUGCCACUGUUGUUAGGUUUAACCUAUUGUAUAAUUGCUAUUGUAACCUUUUCUGUUCUGAUGGGAAGACCUUUGUAUUCCUGGCACUAUAGUAUCCCUUUAAUCAAUAAUCAUAGAACUAUAGGUAUCAGUCUCAAUACCAUUUUCACAGGAUAUUAAUGUAGGCUAAUUUCCAUAUUGCACACUGAAGGACCUGUUGGUACAAAAAAGCGGUCUUCUCGUCACCAAUAAAGUUUAGGAUAUGUCUUUAUCUAAUUAUAGAACCUAUAUGAUAUCUUAGAGCCUCAGAGUUGUUCAUCACAUUUUACCAAUUACAUAUUUUCUAUGUUCUAGAUCCUUUGUGAUGUGCUGACUGUUCUUUUCCGACAUCCCACUUUGGAACAUUGGUUCUUGGCUGUGGAACGCCAGUCUACCCCAGCACAUAAUUUAAACCCGGUCACUGUUAAACUGCUUUCUUCUAACUUAAAUCAAGGUGUGAUACAAUUGCUGAAAUACAGUGCCCUUCUACUUCAAGAAAACAAUAUCCUUCAUUUGGCAUCUAAAUAUUUUGAUGCUGUCUCUCAAAGUGUCUUAAAAGAACUUGAGUUGGUCAGUAAGAUCUCAAACAAGAUAUCUCCUCAGUUGGAAGCCCUUCAGAACUUUGCUCCUUACAUGGAAACAGUCCAACUGAAUGACAUCUCCCUGGCUAUUCUGAAGCUCCCCAAUGAAUUCCUUCUGGCUAGCAAAGACGAAGAGCAGUUGAGCAAAUAUGGAACCGUAUUGGUCCAGCUUAUCAAUGAGUAUCGCCAGAGGAACCAGCAGCAAGCAGAUCUGGCCACCUCCAUAGAACACGUGAGAGGAGUGAGUCGACUGUUGUCAACAUCUGCAGCUGGGGAGAUUGAAACUGUCCUCUACGAGGCUCUUCAAAGUGAACCAACACUUUCUUACGUUUUGGGGGUCAAUGUAUUGGACCAUUGUCUCAAACAGAUGACGGAGACUUGUCUCCGCAUUGCAGCUCUGCUCAUUCAGCACAGCAGGACACACCUUUUGCAGUUUGAAAUAUGGUUGCUAAAUCCUAGGACAGGGAAGAUUUUGAGAAAAAAUAUGGAGUCCUGCUUGCCGCUGAUCGGGGAAUAUCUGAAAUACAGCGAAGACUUCAAAUUUACACGGCCGACUAACGGUAAGUGUCAUAUGUAUUUAAGGCUGAUUGUUCUGAAGAUUAUUUUAAACUUGGACAUUACUAAAGUUAUUGUAUAAUUAAAAUAAUUUUUAUUUUGCUGCUGGAGUGUUAAAAUGUGUUUUAUUCAGAGUGCGAUGUGUCCAUUGGUUUUGGUUAAUAAACAUAUGAAAGCAUAUUGUAUUUGAUAUAUUGCAAGGAGACUUUAGGUCCAGUCCUUCUGGCUUUUGUCCUACUGUUUCCAUGUGGUGUGUCAAAAUCCUGGGAUCUAUUGCACCAAAAACCCUUUCCUUCUACCCCCACCAUGAUAAUGCUUUUCUUCUGCUUUUACAUAUGCAAAUCCAUCUAGGUUGUUCUGUGCCAGUAUACGCUACAAGCCUAUGUGUAGAAUGUAUUCUCCGAACAUGGUGUGUUUAUAGGCUAUUUGUCUGUUUUCAUAUUGCACAGGGUUAUCUCAGACUUGUUCUUAUUUGUUAUUUUGUAAUUGUUUUUUUGUUUUGGUUUUUUUCCGCAGUGUCCUCUGCAGUUCUACGCGUUAUGAAAGAUGUCUUCUGGAACAGGCUGGAGAAGGUCUCGCUAAGCUCAGAAAAAACGGACAACUCCCAAAACGCUGUUGUGCUUUCCAAGCUUGUUAAAGUGUCUGAACCCGACCAGUUAAAGAUAAUUAUGGACCAACUCCCUGAUAUUUUGCAGCAAUCUUGGAAUCAGGAAAAGUAUGCUUUCAUUCUCCAUUUAUGUUUGUUACCGAAAUAACUUUAAACUGUUACUCCAACAUAUUUUGAGAUAUAAAAAAAUAACAAAUUCUAUAUUGGAACAAAUCAAAUAUAUAUAUAUUCAAUAAUUUUCAUUAGGUUCAUUAGGCUGCCAGCAAAAAAAAGUGCAAAUACAUCUGGAAUGUGUAAUGUUUCAAGCACAUGUUUCACUGCACAUAGCGAUUUCUUCCUCCAUCACCACUUCAAAAAGCAGAAGUGGUCAUGGACAUUAUUCUUGGUCAUGGAGUUAAUCUUUAACAGGAUUCAGCUGAACCCAGAGGGUUAAACUUCAAAUAAUGAAAGGAAACAAGCGUAUAACAGGGAUUAGAUACAGAGUAACAUAAACACAAGAUUCUGUAACAGAAUGUCAUGAAACGGAUAAGAAAGAGAGCUGGCAUAAACUGUAGACUUGAAAUAGCUCCACCUGCUGUUUGAGCAUUCUACCCGAUGACUGAUAUUUAUUUAUUAAAUUGAAAUUUAUGUUUCUAAAUUUGUUUAGAAUUUUAGCCUUCUAUGAAAGUUUUUUUGUUAUUUGUUGUGCUGUUGCAUUCUGAGUAUUGCAUUUCCUGGUAAAAUAACAUUCUUUGCUUAUUGCGCAUGCUCAAAUUUGUCAUGGUUUUGUGAGAGAGAAAAAUUAAGUUUUGUCAAAUUGCCACACAGGAAGUGAAAAACCUUAUCCUGUUCAGCUGAACCUAUCCCAGAAAUUACUUGUUUCUUUAUUGCUUUUUGUGACUUACUCCACCUGAACAUAAUUUAAUCGACAAAUUUGCUAGUUUACCUUGUGCAAUCAAUGUAUGCUUACAUUGUGUAAAUGUAUGUCCCACCCACUGGAAGCUUGCCGUCAUUAAAUAGGUUCCAUUUUCACAUAAUAACACUGCCUUAUAAUGCAGGCUGUUUUGUUUUGUUAAAAUAAUGAGGUGCAACCCCAUUUCUUAAGAGAAGGUAUUGGAAUUAAUAGCAGCAAAAUCUAAGACAUAAAUAUUAUUUGAAGCCAGAGUUAAAAUCUCCUUAUUUUGUUUAAUCUGUUUCCUGCAGAUGGGUUUUGGCUGAAUCUGUCUCACAAGCCACCACAAGUUCUGUGACCCUGAUCUCUUCUUGGAAGAGAGCUCUGCUGGCUGCUUGCAUGAAGUGUCUGACGGUCACAUACAGCGCCGACAAGGAUAUGAAAGGAAAUGCGCCAGAGGUGGAGACCGCCAUGGCUUCCCAGUUUAUGGAUCUCCUUGUAAGAGCAGCUUAAAUGCAACGCCGUUAUUUACAAAGCUUUGAACGUCGUAUAUAGAGAUUUGUUUGUGUCCUUGUUUGGUAUUCGUUUCCAGACCUCUAAGACCUCUGUGCAAUCUGACCCUGAACAGCUGGCGUAAUUAAGCCAUAAAUUAGCUUAGUGGAAACCAGAAAUUUUCUUGAACAAGCUAGGUUUUGCUGAGCGUUCAUAUUUCACUUUCCACAUCAUUGUUAGAUAAUAUUGAUGGCAUUUCAGGUUCUAGGGACUACAUCUCUCACGAUUCUCUGUUACCUUCAAAUACAGGGCAUGAUGGAAUUCUAAUACAUUAGGAAUUUCAUAUACAAAGGAUUUAUUCCACUGAUGCCCAUAGCCCACCCUUCCAAUAGAUUACAGAGAUCUAAUAGAAUAGAAACUAUGGAUGUUUCAUACAGACGGGAAACGUUGUAUCCACAUAUUAGGCCUCGCUGAUUUAGUCAAAUUUGAGAUAUGCUACAGUAGUUCCAACAAUUUGCUCUAGAGAAAAGUUAAAAUAGGAAGCAUCUCAGAUCAUCAAUGUUUUAUUUCUGUUCUUCAAUAAAUGUUCGCUUACACUGACCUUUUUUCUGUUUGUUUUUUGUGUGUUUUGCAGCCCUUUGUCAAGGUUGAUGUACGUGAUGAUUGGAAUGGGCUAUUGAAAACUGGACUCAAGUAAGUUAAACAAAAUUUUCUGUUUAUUAAAAAUAAUUUUUUUUUAUCUUUCUCUGGGGAAUACAGCUUGAUUUGCUUCAUCAAAGAUUCAGAUUUGCUUACAGGGUUAAUGAUUAAUGUGCGAAUUGUUGGGAUUUCAAAGUUGAUUUAAAUUUUUUUUUUACUUAAAACAGCCAAACUGAAAACGUUGUAGCUGACUUGAAUCUUUCCAGUUUGUCAAUUUUGGUCUAACAUUAGACAUGUGAAUUGAAUUUCUAUCAGUCUACAUUUCAAUGAAUAACUCCAAUAGCAUAUUUUAAGUGAUACUUUUUUUGAGUAUGUUAAUUUUAUUUCAGGAGUGCAACAGACAUGCAGGCAAUAAGGUUAUGUAAAAAAAUAACCUACAGGAACAUUCACUUGUAGACUUCUCCACUUCUCUCACUUUUCAAAUAGUAAUUUAUAUCCCCUCCUGCUUUUGCACACAGAUACCGUUACAAAGACUGCACAUUUCUGGAUAUUCUUAACGCAGGGAUCAAACAGUGGUACGGUGCAGAUGGUCCGUCCACAAAGGAUUUAGUGCCUUUGCCAGUGAUACACAUGAUGAUAACUCAGCAUUCCUUAUUUUUGCCAACUCUGCUGAGAUCCAAAGAGGAGGAGGAUGUGCACAGCAGGGCGCGGGGUAUUCAUUUUAUAUUUUAAUUUUCCUGUUUAUUUUUUUUUUGUGUGUGAUUUUUCUCUCUUCAUCAAAAAUUUUAAAAUCCAAUCUCUGCAUCAAAAAUGUAAAGUGUUAACAAAGCAUUAUAGACUUACAUACCCCUGUAGUGCUAUCAGUGAUUUUUGUGUUGUAAAAUUGUAAAAUAUAUAAUUUGUAUUCUUAAAGUGAACUUGACUCCAUUAGAGAUGGAAAAAACAAAAAGUAUAAGGUACAAUGUAUUAGAAAUAUAACAUUGAGCCAAAUUUGGCACUAUUACACACACACGCGCACGCACACGGUGACACAAACACAGCUGAUCCGAUAACAUGGCAGAUUGUGGCACGCUUGAUUCUCAGGUCUCUCCCGGUUUGCUAACUUCUAAGUGGCCCAUGGUGAUGUAGUGGCUGGUGUAGGAGUAGUGUGGGUUUUUACCUGCUGGAUGCACCUAUUUCUUGCUGAAGGCGGUAUAAGACAUAGCACAGUGUAUGUGUGUGAAAACUGUACAUUUAGUACUCUACCUUUUGCAAGAAUGUGCAGCAGGCAGUGCACACCUGUUCCACAAUAGCCAAUACCUGCAAUAAAUGUAAUAAAAAAGUUGCUAAGUGUUUAGCUUGUUUGUUUUCCCUUUUUCAUUUCAGAAUUGCUAGUGGAUAUUCUGAGGACUAUCGUCAAGAAGUGUCCUUCUGUCUGUGAUGGUAAUCACUUCGCUGUGUUACUAGGAGCCUACGGAGCCACUCUUAGCAGUACAGGUAAUGGCCUCAAACCAGGGCUUGAAUUUCUGAAUUGGAAAAGUCAUUUGGCCAAUGUAUGGAAAUUCGAGAACAAAAGUACUAAAUGGGGAGUCACCUUGAUUUCCUAUACACAUCUAUGCCCUUUAUUGCUAGCAUAGUUGUUUGAUUUUUUAAAGCUGCACUACAGGCAGCAUAACCUCUACAGCCCAUUGUGGUUAAGGUGUCAGGAGUGCACUGACUCUCCUCUAUAGUAAGUAGUCAAACUGUUUACAAACCAUGCUGUGCCAGCUCAUUGGCUGAGAGCUUCAGGUAAGUUGUGAUUCAGUGUACAUAUCUAUGUCCGGUCAUUCUUAACCCCUUAAGGGGUUAAACAGUGUGACUACUUACUCUGGAUAGGUGCUUGGGCACAAUGAUUGCUACAGUGGGCUGCAGUAUUUAUAGUGCUUGGAGUGUUCCCUUAACGUUUUGCUGCUUUCCAUCUCUACUUGUCGUUUUCUCUCUGUAGAUUAAUUGAGUGUGGAUCAUGAACUUGGCUUGAUUUUCAAAUUAUUUGCAGGUAUCAAGAAAAUCAAAGUAAUUUCAACUAACUAGCAGCCCAUUCUGUGUUGUUGCAAAAAAACAAAAAUUAAAAAAUAAAACUUGAUAUAUUUUGAUCCCUAUUUUAUGGACUCCCAUUGUACUGCAGUACUGGACAUUUUAAUUAAAUCAGAUUAAUGCGCGAUGAUAAACAUUCCACUACUGAAAUGUAAUAUGUUUUUUUGUUGUUGUUUUUUUUUCUUUCUCUCUCCAGAUCAAAAAAUACUUCUCCUUUUACAGUGCUACGAAAUGAAUAAUCUGAGUCUCACUGAGUUCAGGUAAACAAUCCGGGAAAAGCGGGAUAUUUCUGAAUUUACCUUGUUAGUAAUCAGGGAUCCAGCUUUCCAUUCGCCGCUUUUAAGACCUGGCUAGUAGCGUACGACUUCAAACUUUUAACCCCGUAGUAGUCAUAUUUUAUAUUAGUCAAACAUACACUAGCAGUGUCUGUAUCGGCAGCUGUUCUGAGUGGGAAUGGCUCAUUCAGGUGAAAAUGACUUUAGAAUGAUUGGGUGAAAUUCUGUAAACUGUGAAAUGGUUGGGGUGUAGUAAUAGGUAGGAUUUAUAUCACGGUGAGCAAAGAACAGAUCUGUAGAAACGUGUUGCAAAGUUCGGAAAGUGGAGUCAGCAGAAUAAUUUCCUCUGAUUUAAUCACAAUUAUUAUUAGCGUUUAUAUACUGUCAACAUAUUCUGCUGCACUUUACAAUUAUGGAAUGGGGAUAUUUAGGAGACCUUGCUAAAACAAGCUUACGACCUAUGAGCAUCUAUUUGGUGUCUUGCCCAAGAGCAUUUACCAGUGAAGUGGUCCGACCAUGAUUCAAACAUGUUUUUUUGGGUUUCAAGCAGUUAUGUUACCUCUGCUCUUACCGACCAAAUCUAAAAGUAAUUUUCAGGCAACAAAAUUAGCUAAUCAAAUUAUACAAACACUCAUUACUUUUUUUCCACUCUUUAACUAAACCUACUCUUUGUGCCACAUUAAAUACCAAACUGGUUUGAAUGAUUAUGGUCCCAUAUAGCUAGUAAUAUUCUUUGCUCCUAUCUUUCCAGGUUGUUGUUAUGGGGUCCAGCUGCUGUGGAACAUCACAGGACACGUAAGAGCCUGGGGAAGUCCUUGUGGCAGCAGCCGAGCAUGGAAGAGAUUCUGGGUUUGCUGGAUCGAGAGAAGAUGAUGAAAACUAUUAUGAAUUUUCCGCAGCACAGGAAACUCGUUUCCGAGGUCCGUAUUACCUGCUUGUUGCCACAUUUCCUGUGGAAACCUAUUGGAUGUUUCAUGGUCUUGGACAGGUAUAGGCAACCUUCGGCACUCCAGAUGUUUUGGACUACACCUCCCAUGAUCCUUUGUCAGCAUUAUAGGUGUAAGAGCAUUAUGGGAGAUGUAGCCCAAAACGUCUGCAGUGUCGAGGGCCGAAGGUUGACUAUUCCUGGUCUAGGGUCUCCAUGAUCCUCUUGACACCUAUACAGCUUUCUUAUUGGCAGGAAGAAAAUGAAGAACAGUUGUUUGUGUUGUAUGGAAUUAAUAGGCAAUAGGAGCUAAAGAAUUAUUUAUUAAAUAACCUGCUGAGAUAAGAAUGACAGAGCUGAUAUACGCUGAGAGAUCAGCCAAAGUCAUACAUGUAUUUGUGUUAACCAUUCUAAACCUCAACCCUCCUGACAUACGUAUUCUAUUACAGGCUGAGAAGGAACAUGUAUUUGAAGACCCCAGCAUAAAAGAUUUAGAUGAUCUUUAUGAUCCGUGCUUUCUUCUUCCUCUUUUCAGUGAAUUAAUAAGACCAGGUUAGUAGCCACACACAAUUGUAUAAAGAUCAUCUUCUAUGGAUUAAAGGAACACACCAUAGUGCAAUUUGUCUUGUCUUUAGUUUUUGUAAUGUGUUGUUUUGUUUUUUUAAAUAAAUAAUGCAUUGAAACAUUUUUAAAAGCAAUAUACAUUUAAUUAUUGAAUUAUUGGAAAUUAUGAAAAAAAUUAAAUAAAAAAACUUGUUUGUAUUUCAUGCAUUUGCUGCAUCAUUCCUGACAUGUGCAGCUUCUGCAGUGAGCAAAACAGGAAGUGACUCUGAGUGUUCACUUUACACCUACAUCUCAUAAAUAUGGCCACAUGGGUUUCUGAGAGUUUAGCUUGAGUAUCCCCUUUCUGCUGCAUAAAUUAAAUAAGACAUAACGUACUGCAGGUUUAAAGUCAGGGUCCGAAAGAUUGGGUUUAUAGGUAAUUGCGGCUUAUUUUAUUAAAAAAACUAAAUGCUUAAGAACUUAAAUGCUCAAACCCACCAGCACAACCUUCGGUAACCAAACCUAUUCACUGCUUGAGCGGCUCAAGAAAAGUAUAUAAAUUCUUGUUUUAAAGAGCUGAUGUUCUACCUCUAGAUUGGAUCCUUUAUUUUCUAAAUAUGUGUUUGUUUACAUCCCUACCUCGUUUAAUCUGUGUAAAACUGUAUAGGUUUGCUGUUCAUUUAAUUGCGUUCCCUGGCAGGAGCACACAAAAUAUAUAUGACACAAUAAAAAAGCCUAUAUAUCAGGGAACAUCCGAGUUGUCAACCACAAUUGGAAUUGGUGUUUUAAAGUAUGCUUUGUUUCAAAAAUAACUUUAUAGAGUGUGUGGCCCUCUUCUCACUGGUAAUCUGACUGAGCAUCGUAACACCAGUUUUAGACUUGUGUUUUAUUUAUGUUCUGCUUUUGAUUGAACGUUGAUGCAUGUUCUUAAUCCACUGUUUAUCUAUAUAACUAUCGAUGCUGAAAAAGUUAUACUCUGCUUGUGUGAUAUUCCUAGUUAUUAGUCAUGUGGACCCAGUGUAUCCGGUUAUAAAGUGCAAUCUUGCUGCUGCCGUUUCCAAAAUUUGCAGCAACUAUAGGAUAUCAGGAAACAAUGGAAAGGGCAGAGCAAUUUAAUUGUGCACAUUUUAUUUUUUAAAACAUGGAAUGCAGUAGGUAAUACUGGAGGUUAACAACUCUUACUUUUGCCCGGGGUUCUCUGAUGAAAAAGAUCAGGUUGCCGUGCUAUCUGCUGCUUCAGUUCUUAGAAUGUUUUUCAUGCUGUACACAUUCUAUAAAAGUAUUUUUGGUCAUAUCUGAUUAAUGUGUCCUGACAUAAGGCUAAUCAGAACCUAGAUCUACUCAAAAUAUUUUCAUAAUGCUGCCAUGACCAAAGGAAGUUGUUCCAGGAAUCUGCGGCUGGUUCUACGCUUGACUGUCCGUCUUUUGAAGGUUAUUUAAACAAGUGACCGAAUGGAUAGUUUUACUGAAGGACGUAUGUUUUCAUCAUGAAAUGUGUAGUCAUUAUGCUGCUAUUGGUGAAUGUAUGUUAGUGUCUCAGGCUCAGGGUAACGGCAAUAAGACUGAGCGAUUUGACGGCUCUGGAACGCACAUUCGAAGAAGCUCCCUCUGUGUGCAGAUAAAGAGAAACUUUAUAAACCUAUUUCUGUUCUCAGGCCUGUGAAUAUCACACAUCAAAGCACUCGUUAACCUUAAUUAAUCUGAUACUCCCCUAGCAAAGUGCCAUACACGUUUUAGAAUUUUGUAAAACUGCACUUUGGUGACAUCACUGGUAUCCCAGCCAGUUUAUGAAAUCUGCUAGCAGUCUGACCCCCAAUAAGGGAGAACAAAAUGACCCAGCCUCGCUCCAGGACAGUAGUGUAAGAUAUGUAAGUUUUAUUGACUCUUUAAAUAAAAAUAAAAAAACAACAACCCAUAUCUCUACCAGGCAGAGGAACAUGAAGGAAAAUAAAAGAUGCCUUUUGUGUUUGAUGUCCAAAUUACACCUUAUCAAAGACUGAAUAUUUCAUUUCAUUCAGACACAUUCAGUAUUAUGGUAGAACUCUUUCUCGCCCCUCUUUGUUCUCCUCAGUUGCCUGAUAGAAAAUAAACCAUCUAUCUGGGACCCUGCAAACCUGAUCAUUGCUGUCCCAACACAAUGACAUGGGAAUCCAUUUUUAGUUUGUGACCCAGGGGGCCAUCCACUGCUUUAGACUCUACCCAUAUUUCUGCUUUGCUUGAAGUUGUUUGCAUCCAGUAAUGUAACUCAGAUUUUAUAUAUUUUGCAUAGGAGUUAACCCUUUUAGUGUUUGAUUUUAUUUUUCUUUCUGUCUAUCUGCAUGCUGUUUUGUGACCCCUUUAGUAUAUUAUAAAUUCUCUCUUGGCUGAUGAACAUUCCAAUCCUAUCCGACACUUCUCUUUUAUUUAAUCCUUCUCAGAGCUGGUUGUGGACUGUGCAAAGUUUGUGGAAAUGAAUGCCCUGGGACUCACUGUAGCUGCACUCAGCAGCUAUGAUUAUAACAUGAGAGCGGCUGCAUACUACAUCCUGGGAUCCUUCGUCUCUCACAUGGAAGGCGCUCGUUUCAGAGAGAAGAAGCAGGUAAGUGCUAAGAGUUAAACCUUUUUUCAUGGAACAGUUAUGAGACAUUUUAAAGCUACCAUGGUUAUUCAGCCAUUAAAUUGUUGGAAAUUCAACAGGGAAUCGUUGGAAUUCUGCUAUUUUCUCCAAAUUACUAUUUUGUUUACAAGUUCACAGUCCCCUUGUCAAUUCCCGACAGUUCACUUCAGUGAUAAGCCUGUAUGUUUCAAUUCAGACAGUGUGUCAAUUAAUUCUAAUAAAUUGAAAACAGAAUGUCAAAAUUUUUAAAAGUCUGCUAUUUCAGGCUAAAUUUUUCAGUUUGAUUUUUUUUUUUCAGUUCACUACAAUCCAGUGUUUUGGGACCAAACCCCACAAUGGUUCUUGUUUCCCCUAGAAUAAUUUCAUUUUUAUUAAUUGGCCGACAAAAUUGUAGUUGUCCAAGUAUUGGUGGCACUCUCUAUAAACUGGCACCAAUGUAUGUUGGAUCUUCCCAUUCUCUUUCAAGCUUUGAAAUUUGCAAUUCCUUUGGCUCUUUCCCCUGAAGAGUCAGAUGCCGCUUGUCCAUAAAUAUAUUAUUAACCUAGAGACCCCUGCUCCUUCCCUUAUGGUUUGUGUGUAGUACUUUGCAGAAUACAGCAAUAUCUACAGUUUUCUCAGGACUCCUUAAACCUGUGACUACCAGCCUUUGCCAUGUCCUAUUGUUUACUCCCACCUUCUACUCCAGACUCAGUGCAGAGUCUAACCUUUUCUAAUCCCUAAUCUGCAUCUCGUUCCUUGUUACAUUCUUUUUUCUUUUUCCAACCACUGUUUGGUUUUUUUCUUCUUCGCAACCACCCCAUUUUAUUUGUACAACCUGUUCUCUCCCUGCUUAAUAUUUCUCACCCUUAAAGGAAUGCUCCAAACACCGGAACGAUGCAGCCCACUGUAGUAGCUAUGGUGUCAGAAAACACCUGGCAUUGUCCCACAGUAAGAUGUCAAACCAUUUUUGCCUAGUUUGACAAAUUAAACUGGGUCACACCAGGUGCUGCAUCACAUCUUAUCUUCUCCACAAGAGAAGCCAAAUGUCACCUCACAGCAAAUCGGAACUAUAAUCCUUGACUGAGCGCUGGUGUUUGGAGUGUCCCUUUAAUCCCUUAAGGACACACAACGGAAAUAUUCCAUCAUGAUUCCCUUUUACUUCUGAAAUUGUGUUCUUAAGGGGUUAAUCCAUACAUAAUUUCCAAAUGCAUAUCACAUUCCCUCUUUAUUUUCCCAACUACUGCCUUUCUUUUUUCUUUUCUCAUGUAUUUAGCUUUUCUUCAACCCAAGUUUUUUCUUUCAGUCUUCUAUGUCCAUCUAGUGACCCCAUAUUUCUCACCGUCGUCCUCAUUCUUUCCCUCUUGUCUCUUUUUUUUUUUCAUUUUUUCUAUAAACUUUCCUCUCCCCUAGCUAGGAUUUACCUGUUGUUUCACAACCAUUGUUUCUCUUGAAUCUAAUCUUGCCUUCAUUUCUCUAUAAUGUCCUUUACACAUUGCCUUUCUUCCCAAUUUAAUGUCUCUCGUUUAUGCUUUAACAAGUUAAGAUAGCACUAUAUACUAAUUUACAAUUUACACAUUUUAUCUACAAAAUUCUUCAUUGAGAAACCCCGUUCUGAAAAAAAAAUUUUUCAUUGAUCUGGUCAUUUAUGGAUUUGAUUCACUGUGCCUUAUUUCUCCUAUGCUAUAGCUGCAAUAUUUCUUGGACAUUAUAAAGAAUGGACUCCGUAAGCAGAAUCAGCGGUUGACAUUCUUAAUAACCCUUUAUGUCGCUAAAGCCGCCCAACAGAUUCUCAGACCAGGUAAGAUGUUUAUUGUGAAAAAUAAUCUCCGUACUGUCAAUCACUAAACAUUAUCACAUUUAGCAAGCUGUCCUAUUUACAUUUCUCUAAAUCUGUCUUUUUAUGUUUUCUAUUGGUUAGAGUUUACAUCUCUAAGGGUAGAGAGGCUUUGUUAGUGACCGUUCCCCUUUCUUCUACCCCAGUAAAUUCUACCGGAGCCCCUCACCCCCAACACACACACAAGUGCUCAUGCUUUAUUUCUUGUGUUGGGGGGGGGGGAGCUAACCUAGAACUUAAAGUUUGUUUUUACCAGGCUCCUUAACCCCUUAAGGACACAUGACGUGUGACCUGUCAUGAUUCCCUUUUAUUCCAGAAGUUUAGUCCUUAAGGGGUUAAAGCAACAAAUUAAUUUCUGCAUUGAUUAAUUAUUAAUUAAAAUGGUUUGAUAGAUCACUCUGGGAAAGCGCCAGGAGACUCCUGGCCAAAUUGUAGCUAGAGCAGAUUUUUAUAUUCUGUAAAAUAUUGGCCAGCUCGUAAUAACCAUUUCGUCCUCCUUGUUCUCCAACAGAGGAACACAUGUACAUUAAGAUAUCAAAGUUCAUUUUGUCACAUCAGGAUUUGCACAUGAAGAAAGUUCCAGAUUUCUAUAAACUGUUCUACAGCUUCGAUAUAGAGGUAGAGUAUUAUCUGGUAUCGAUGUUCUCUGUACAGGUUUAUGUUUAUCUAUGUCAGUUUGUACAGUGUUGUGAUAUUAAUCUGUAGAAUGUCUUAUUGUGAAAUAUUAUCUGACUUCUAUACAAUAUUAUCUGUUAUCUAAACAGGUUUAUAGCAUAUUAUUAGAUCUUUUUCUGUCUGUUAUUAUCUGUGUAGUAUUAUCAGGUGUCUCGCUCUGUGUCAUGUUAUUUGUUUUUAAUUUGCAUUUAAGUAGUGUUCCGAUUUCUGUGUGUAGAAUGUUCCCUGAUGACUCUGUCACGUAUUAUCUGUAAUAUAUCUGGAGACUAUUAUCUGAUAUUUUGUCAGAUGUUUUUCUAAAAUGUAGUCUGCAGAGAGUUUCCUGUUCUAUUUCUGUAGAUUAUGUGUUAUCUAGUUGUGUAUUAUUUAAUAUCUUUAACGUAUUAUUUUAUAUCGGAGUAUGACCUGAUAAUUGUACGUUAUUAUUUUAUAUGUCUGGGGUAUUGUCUCUUAAUUGUGUGGGUUCUCCCUGAUAUCUGCCUGUGUGGUAUUACCAAUCACCUGUUUGUUGAUCACAUGAGAAUUGUAAUGCAUUAUGUAGAGCUGACAGAUCUAGCUUAUUUUCUGCACACACAUUACUCCUGCCGACAGGCUGAACAUAGAACCCGCUGUCUUGUGGUAUAUAGCAUUCGUGUGCUGCAAGAGGGAAAUCAAGUCCGUAAUCGGUGUAUUAUCUAUUCAUUAUCUGCAGUGUGCUCCCUGAUAUCUACCUAUUCUGUUAUCUGUAUUUCUGUUAUCUUUUACAAGUGAUAUGAUGUCUGUAGAUAUAUGUAAAAUAUUUGGAAUACUUCCUGUAGAGUGCUCGCUAUGAAGAGUUACACCAACCAAAGAUUUAGUUGUAACCCUAGCUAGCACGGACUCCACCCCUUCCCUCUCCCCCAAAAAAUAAAUAGAAAUAAAUUAAACUUAUCAUAAUUCCUGUAACAAUGCCAAGUUCUCUCUGCAGCCUGAUCCUUCUCCUCAAACGUACAGACUCCAAGUACCAUGACCACUUCAAAUAUCUGAAGUGGUCAUGGUUCUUGGAGUAACCUUUGAAACUUUGUAUAUUAUGCCUUGCCUGUAGUGUAUCACCUAAUAUUUAUCAGAGUAUUCUCCUACAUCUUUCAUCUGCCUGCAGUAUUUGUAGUCUGUUCUCUGAUGUCUAUCAUUCAUUUUUUGACAUCCAUGUUUAUCCUUUCGAUAUGUGAUUGCAAACACCAUUUCCUGUGUUAAUGAUAUUUGAAGAUAUUUUUAUGUGAUUCCUCUUCUGCAACUGUCAUUAGUCUAAUACUAUCCUUACCUUUUUGUGUCAUUUUACCCCACUCCCUCUAGCAUGUGAGCUCAUUGAGCAAGGCCCUCAGCCCAUCUGUUCCUGUGUGUCCAACUUGUCUGGUUACAACUACAUGUCUGUUCGUCCACCCAUUGUAAAGCGCUGCGGAAUUUGAUGGUGCUAUAUAAAUCACAUAAUAAUAAUAAUAAUGUACAUUUAUUUAUGUAUUGUUUCUGACAGCACAAAUUGGAGCGUGAGUGGAUACUAACAUUUAUGAGGGAUGGACUUCGGGAUAAAUACUGCUACGAACUGUACGAUUACCAGAGAAUUAUUCAGAUCAUAAUGACUUUUUAUAUCAGUCCGUUGUGCGAUGAAGCAGCGCAGGUAAAAAAUACAAUCCAUUAUUUUGCAAACACAGAAGUGCAUUUCUCCCCCCCCACACACACACACACACAUAGCAAAAUAUUACAUAGUAUUUGAUUGGCUGGUGAGUUUAUAGAACUGAGGACACGUAACACAGUAUAUUAAAUUCCGCUUUUCCAUAGCUCAGUGUUUUGCAAACCAGUUCUCAUGACCAAGCAACAGUCCAGGUUUUGUCAGUGUCUCCAUUGGAAUAAGAUAGGGAAAUACAUAAAUCCUGGAUUGUUUGUGAGUCCUGAGACACAGCCCUAGACAGUUGCUUGUAAGCACAUUGUUAAACCUACAGUAUCUGUGUUAGGGAAAUUGUCUGUCAUUGACCAUUACCCUGUCUGUGUACCUACCAAUUGCUUACACCUUGUUAGAGCUGUAGCUGAUAGCAAAUCUGUCUGCUCCUAAAAGUAAAUGAAAACUAAUAGAAAAAAUAAAUUGUAUGCAUGUAAUCUGAUGUGGUUUACUCCUAUUUUAUUCAGAUUUUAUUUUCUUCCAGAACCUAAUCUUGGAGAUAUUGCUGAAUGCAUCUACCAUCAUAAAAGCUGCAUACCAGCUCAUCCGGGACCACAGCUUGUUAACCUGGAUACUCAAUAUCCUUGAGAAACGGUAUGUUAUAAGCUCAGCCUUUUACACCUCUGUAUAGGGACCCAUUUUGUCAUUUUAGUAGAACAGAUCGGGUUUGUCUGUCUGGCUCUUCUGAUCUAACUGAUUUUCAAUCCUAAUUAAAUUGAUGCAUCUCAUUAGUGUAGUUUAAGUAGCUUACCACUUUAAACUACCAAUACCAUCCUGUGUGUUUAACUAUAACUAGCUUUCCACUUACCUCGCCAAAAUAAGCAAAUGCAUUUACUAAAUUUAUGUAUACAAUACAACAAUAAGUCCGCGCUAAUCAACAAACAAUAUGUAGACAGGCAGCAACCCUAACGAAGGAAAUCCCUCCAAACCCUUCAAUAAGACAAAAGAACAGUACCAAAAAAAUGAAGUAGGGCUUCGCUAAUGAAACUUGUAGAGAGUAAAAAAAAAAAAAAAUUAAUAAAUAGUUCAAAAUAAAGUCUCACUAGAACAGCAGGAGAAGGUCAAAGGUACUUGGGAAGACUCUUCUUCAGGGAUGGGUACGUCAGAGUGGCUCAGGAUAUUCGUAUAUAUAUGGAGACAAGAAGGAGAUACGAAGGCAACCAAUAGUGCAAUAAGUCAAGAUCCAAGAAUGUGAUGUAUUUAUCUUAUUCUAAUAUGCAUAAUCUGCUAACAUUCAGAUAUCUCAGUAGUUUGUCUAUAUAUUCACUUUGGUUUACAGUAGAAUAAUUUAAUAUAUUAGCACAUUAUUAUUUUCUGGUUUAAAAAGCAUGAGAUGAUAUAUUUAAGAGUAAUAACCCAUCAUUCUCUAUUCCAACUCACUGGAAUUAAAAUGAUCACUGAUUCUGAAAAUUCCAUUUCACUAAUGCAUCUUUUUUUUUUUUUCUUCCUAUGAAAACUUUUUCAGAUUUCUCGAGAACAAUACAUUGGCCAGCAUCAUUUCACUAUUAAACAACUUAUGGGUAACAAAUCUGGGAAAUAAAGAGAGUCCGCUGACAGCUGAUGCGCAGAGUAACGAAGAACCUCUAGAGAAGCAAAAGUUCCUCCCUCUCCAGUUGGUCAAUGAAUUUCUCAACGUAUCAUUGUCAUUGCUCAGACAUAUCCGGUAGGUCGUGUUCCCCUAUCUUUAUUCACAGAAGGAGAAGUCAUGGCCAUGAUGGCAUGUCUUCAAGAUUUCAAACUCAUGAGUGCCAUAGCAAAGAUUACCCUGCAGAAAUAGUUACACCGUGGCACUAUGAGUUAAUAAAACAGCUUGUAGAAUAUGAAGAUAUUUCUUAAGUACCGUCUUCUGUAUUGUGUUAAAGUUUUUUACCUUAAUCCCAAAAUUUUUCGGAGUGGACCGCGUUAGGGAAAUUUAAAAAACGAGAAGUAGACAAAUACUGUAUAUUAUUCUUGUCAUCAUUAAUAAUAAGAGGAAAUGUCACUUUGUAUUCUUUGCGCAAUCAAGUAGCUUACUAAAAAAAAAAAAUAUUUUUAAUUGGUUUUAUUUCUUCAUAUUCUAAAUGACACAUUGUGUAAAAUAGUUAACUCUUAAUGUGUUGUACACAUUGCAUAUGGAAUUUCACUGUUCGACACACCUCAGAAGGAAACACUCAGGGAGAAGAUAUAGACAUGCAUAUUCUGUGUAUCACUUUGUUGUAUAAGUAAAGGUAUAAUUGGCCUGACAAGUCACGUAUGUCUGCAUGUGUUGAGGCUUUCGUUUACACUGCUGCGUUUUUUCUCUUAUUUAUAAAUACAAGUGUAAUAAAGUACAAUCAUACAAUUCAUUUUAUACAUUUUAUUUAUUACUCUGUUUUGUAACAGGCCGAACUUAGAUUCUGACCACCUGAACCAGUAUUUUAGCACUGUAGGUUCUGUAUUGAGACAUCGCUCAGUGGUUCUGAGGGCCUUUAAAGAGAUGGGCAGAUUUGCUGUAAAUGAACAGAUCUUAUCCAAUAUGGACAUCCUCCUUUUUCUGCACAAGUGGAGCGUGAUUGAAAGGGACCUGGAACUUCAACAAAGUCUGACUGCCCUGGCUCAAGAACAUAAAGUGAAAGAAUUGCUGAGUAUGUGUACUGCCCUGUUACUAAUUCAUUGAAGUUUGACACAGUUGAAUUAAGGGGCAUUUUUUACAUUUCUUGCAAUAUCUGAUGGCCCGUCUAACCUAUCUAGCUGGUGAUGUGUGCAGCUGAUCACACACAUCUUCUCAGUGCAGCCUUUCAUACUGUCUGCAACAUUAUAGACUGUGCACCCCUACAACACCAACUGUCAAUGCAGAACCAGUGAGUGAGGAAUACAGUGGAGUUUUACAUGGAAUGUAUUUUCAAAAUGUAUUCAGGUUAUGUACGCCAUGUGUUUUAACUAGGCAUGUAAUGACGGAAAUCGUUAUUAUGGGUUUUUGGGGGGUGGGGGGGGGGGGUAUUUAUUUUUUAUUUUAUUUUUUUUACAUUCUGCUGUCUCUGGCUUUUUGAUACUUUUGAUUAUCGGUUCCCUUUUCCAAGCAUAGUAAUGCUACCCUUGGAGAGAUGUGUUUUCUGUUGGCUGAUGUCACUGCCACUACGCACGCAUCCUAUUUUCAAUUUUCUAGCGUAAAGAUACUGAAACAUACAUGUUUUUACAUUUUUUUUGAACAUCCACAUGUCCACUGUUAAUUAGCAUUGAUUUCUUCUUUUUUUAUAACUUUUUUUUCUUCCGUAGGCAAUAUUAAAGAGAAAUGUAAACCACAGGGAGUCCAGCAACGCAGGAAGAAGACAAACACUGAAAACAAAGCAAGUAUUGAAGAAGUUCUUCAUGUGUCCACUUGUGGAAUAGUGAGAGCGCAUAUGAAAUCCAUUUUGAUCCAUUGGGAACCUGUUUUUGCAAAUCAUUCCUCGGUAGUGACUAAAGAUCAGUGUGAAUCAGUGGAUGAUCCUAGCCAGUUAACCACAGACGAUGAUAAAACUUUAGACAACCGCAGGGACAUCAAUGACCUUGUGUGCGCCGUGGCCUGCCUUGUAGCAAAGUGGAUUUUUAAAGCCGAAAGUGAAUGUACCGUGAAUACAUACGAAAGUUACAAAUCGAUCCUGUGGUUUAAAUGUAGCAUCCUGCCACACUCGGCCGUUGUGCUCGAGCUUCUGAAAGACACUUCAUGGAGAAACAUGAUUUUCAAGCUCUACAAUAGAAUGUGCAGUGAUUCACAAGUGGAGACUACCAGCCUUGAGCUGCUGCAUGUAUUUAACGGAGUUAUGGAACAGUUAACUAAGACUCUGAAUUUGGGCAAAGCAUCAUACCAUAAUGCCAUUAAAGAUCUCUGCUUGCUUUCUGAUAAAAAGAUUGACGAGAAAAGAAGAGGUAAGUAAAUAUCUGUGAUCGAAAGACUUAUUUUCAGUGGGAAACAAAUCUAGGUCACAUAUGCAAUUUUUUUUUGUUCGUAUUCUAUAAAUGUAAGUGCAGUAAACCAUUUGAGUGGAUGAUCUGAUCUUAAAGGAAAUCUGUAGAGUGUAGACCCUAAAACAACUUUAGUUUAAUAAAGCAGUUUUGGCGUGCAGAUCAUAACUCUGCAGUCUAACUGCUCAAUUCUCUGCCAUUUAGAAUCACUUUGUAACUAGCACAGCCUUCUUAAACACUUCUUGUAAAGAGAAAUCAAAUUUUUAAUUUUCCUUUAUUGCACAUUCUGUUUAAUUUUGAAUUUUGUACCUUCUGUUCUGUCAGUUGCUUCCUUGACUUUGCUGGAGCCUCCAGUGUGUGAUUAAAGCUCAAUUUACAAAGCAGGAGUUAACAUCUGAUUGAAAAUAUAUACAUUUUUUUUCAUGCAGGCUGUGUCAGUCAGAGCCAAGGGAGAUUUGGCCAGGGCUGUAUAAAUGGAACAAAGGUAAUUUAACUUAUAAAUGGCAGAGGAUUGAGCAGUGAGACUGCAGGGGCAUGUUCUAUACACCAAAACUGCUUCAUUAAGCUAAAUUUGGUGACCAACGUUUUAGUGUCCCUUUAAAAAUACUGCAUUAACAAGCCAUAAUAAACCUGUUGACCAAAUAUUGUUUAGAAUCCCAUCUACAUAACAUCCGAGCUAGCUGUAUUGCUAGUUUUUAAUCUCUGUGCCAGCAGAUCACGAGUAAUGGAUAAAACAUAACUGUUUAAAUAAUCCAUCAUCUAUACACUUGCGAGGGGUUUGGCUAUCUCAAAAUGUUAAUAAAAUCUCCAAAAUGUAAAAAAACUGAAAAAGGCCCAAACAUUUAAAAAAAAUAAAAAAUACAAAAUGUCUUUAAACAUUUCCCUUAGAAAGAAACUGGAUGCACAGCUGCACAUGAGCUCAACAAGAUUAUAAAACUGGAAUUUUCAUUACCAUGUUUUUCAAAAGAUAAAAUGUAAAACAAAUACUUGUGCUAUUUUGAUUUUGCUGUUGAUCCAAAAGAAGGCAUAAUACCCAGUCUGAAGCGCUUCCAAUUUUGCAAUAAACUAGGAAAAAAAUCCUUCUUGACCCCAGAAUGUCAUUCAGAUAUUUCCUUGGAUCAAGAAUAUAUUACCCCACUAAUUAAACAGUAUAUCCCUAAAUAUUAUGUUUUUGCAAGUAUCCAUCUAGUUGCUAUUUGAACAUCUGUACAGAUUCUGAUAAAACAGUCUCUUCAGGCAGAGAAUUCCAUAUCCUUAUUGUUCUUCUAAAAACCCUUUCCUUUGCCUUAGCCGAAAUCUCCUUUCUUCCAGUCUAAAUGCGUGAUAUUGUGUCUUGUAUAGUCCAUUUAUUGACCCAACUAAUUUAUAUAGUUUGUUGUUGUUGCAUAAUGUGUUAUUAGUUUGGCAUUUUACAAUCCUGUUAAAAGUUCACGAUGUUUAUAAGAGGUGUAAUUUCACAGGUGAGCAAUCACAGAUGAGAAACCGCUACAGGAAAUAUUUCACUCAACGUCACACUUUUAGUAAUGCAUUGGGUUUUAUUAUCUUAUUUAUACCUGCCUGCAUUAAUAUACUAAAAAGUGUCUUAGGUUUGAAACAUUGACUUGCUGUGUUUUGUAUUUUCUUUCCAGCUGCUGGUAAUUUCUUGAUGUUUCUUUACAUUGUGGACGUCUGGCUUGGUGACAAAUCGACAGAUCUGUUUGGAACUCAUGUGAAAAGUGUAUGUGAGUCAGUUGACGUAAACAUUCCUAGCUCUGCGAAAAAGACUCCAGAACUGAAGAAGGAAGGAGUUCAGAAUGUGAUUGUAUCACUUUGUAAAGAAUUGUCUUCAUCUGUGGUCCCCACUUGACAUGAACUGCAUUAUUAGCCAAAGUGGGUUUCAGACCUGACCACGUUUAUGAACUGAAUCAUGUGCUCAGCAUCUUCAUUCUGGAACCUAUAGGGUAACUCCAGGAACCAUAAAGACUUCACCUUAAUGAAGUUGUUUUGGUGUCUGUAGGUCAUGGAUUCCAUUAUAGCUUAUGGGUUUAAACCAUUUUCAAAUAUUCUAACCCCAAUUUCAUGUUGAUGGCCCCCUUCUGCCUCCUCCGUCUGCCCUGGUUCCAAUGCAAAGUUCUCUGGGUGCAUUGAUGGGCUGAGACCCUCAGCAGCUCGUUGUGGUGGAGUCCUAAGUAAAGACCUUAUGGGUUAAAAAAGUUAAUAAAAAUCUAAACCUCAUCUGGUCCAACUUUGCAGGCUAGCUAGUUUUGCCGCCUACUAAAACUGAUCAGAACAUCUGAAUUAUAAAAUGUUAGGAGAGUGGAGAUCUUUAGAUUGGCAUGACUCCAAUGUCUCCCCUGCCAAGAGCAAGUAUGUAUUUGAAAGUAUGUGAAGGAAUAAGAUAAGUGCCUAUGAAUAUAUAGAUUGUUAAUGCCUCUACGAUCUACUACAAUAUCUUGUGAGUUACAUUUUAUUCACAAUUCUUUUUGUAAAAUAAAAAGCUUCUAAUAGUGCACUAUUGAUGGUUUUUAUCCUGUUAUUCAGCUGUGCAUGAGCUUCUCUCUUUUACCUCUGAGAGAAGUAUAUUUUGGUUGUGGCUUAAUGAAUCCCUCGCCUUUUGCUCACCCCCUUUUUUAUGCCUGCUCCUUGUACAUGAUCCUCUAAACUAUUCCCACUGAUGCCAGUAUGAUCAUUAUAAUAAAAUAGUUACAUAAUCUUUUUCCAUGUUAUGCUGUGAGGUACAGCCUACAAUCCUCUCUAUACGAGUGGCCGGGGGUCAUUUGCUCUGCUUCCCCCUCCUUGCCGGCUCUCUCCUGUCUAGGAGUAUAAGUGUCAGCCGAGAUUAUUAAUUAACAAAGGGAUUGUUAGUACAUUGAACAGGCAUGGUUUGUUUUACGCCAAAAUAGCCAAGCUGGAGAAAUAGCUGAUAAUGAUGUGUGUGUUAGACAAUGUGGGUUGGUAUAAGUGAUGUGGAAGUGAGGUUGGGGUAUAUUACAUGGUACGUGUGCAAGCGACUGAAUAUGGUAAGUUGGUUGGGUGUGUAAAUUACUGGUUGUGUAGGGGGACACAUAAAAGGGUGUGAUUAAAUGGUGAGUUGUAUAUGACAGUGUGUGUGUUUAUAUUGUGAGUUGGAUGUAUAUGACAGAUUGUGUGUGUGUGUGUGUAGAUGGUAGGUUGGAUUUAUAUGACAGAUUGUGUGUGUGUGUGUGUGUGUGUAGAUGGUGAGUUGGAUGCAUGUAUGGCAUGGUGUGUGUUUGUGUCAAAGAGCCUAGUUAGUGAACUAAGAGCGAAUUUAUGACUGUGUAAGUGUCAGUGAAGUGACAUGGGAGAGGCAGAGUGUGUGCUUAUAGAUGUGAGGUAAGGUUUUUGGGACAGGAUGACUGUGAGGAUGGGUGGCGGGGGGAUAUAUCAAUUCAGAUGAAUUGCAGUAGCAGCAACAGGCAAUUUUUAUGCCAUGUGUUGUCGCAGGGCUCCCAGCACUGACUGUAUUUUAUAGCUGGCAGCUGGAUCUCUGUCUGUUUCCUGGACUGUACAUUGUAGCAACUGUGAGCUCGGGAUCCAAUCCCAGCGGGGAGCUGCAGCAGCAGUUGCUAGGAGAAGAGGAGACUGAAAACGGCAAAGAAAUGAAAACCAAGCAACGCGACUUGGGGCUGCAAUGAAAAAAAGAAAAUAAAUAAUAGUAAUAAUUAAAAAAGAAGAUUCCAUACAGCACUGUUGUUGCAAUGCCCCUGACACAGUAUAAACCUUGCACCCGAUGC